GCAAACGCCUGAGCUUAAGGAGGCUCUCUCUGCCAGGAUGCAUCCCUUUAUUUGGAGAAAGUGCAGUUAGGCCCCCUCAUGGAUAGUUUAUAGAAAGCAUGAAUACUUUGGGUCAUCAACACACUAUUGGACAGGUAAGUGAAAGUAAGGGGAAAUUAUAUCACUAUAAAUUAAUGGAAGCCACAGGAGCAGUUAAUUUAUUUAAAGGACCACUAAAGUCACCCAGACCACCUUAAUAAAGUGGUCUGGGUGCAGUGGUCCUGUCGUUUUUACCCUGUAAUGAAAAACACUGGAGUUUUAUAAAAACUAGUAUGGUUUACAUUGCAGAGUUAUAUACACCUCUAGUGGUUGCUUCCUGACAAGCAACUAGAGGAGCUUUAACUCUGUUCCUGCAAUAAAAUGCUGCUGACCUCAAUGAGAAGCAGUGGAUUUGAUGAAAUCAAGGAAGAUGUCAGCAGGCAUGCUGACAUCUUCAGAGGCCGUGUGGGCAGCUGCAGUUACGGUGUCUCAGUGCUAGAAUUGAGGUGAAUAAUCUUUAUUUUCAAAGGGGGUGUACAGUGGUCUCGAUGAUAGAAAGAACUUGCAGUACUUUAAAUUUCUAAAUUUUUACUUACAAUAUUCCUAAUAUUGUCAGGAGUAAGAACACACACACACAAAAAACAAAAAAAAAAACACAGAUGCUCAAUUGGCUUGAAAUCUGGGUAAUUUAGAGCCCAAGGCAACACCUUGAACUAUUUGUCAUGUUCCUCACACCAUUCCUAAAUAGUAUUUGCAGUGUGUCAGAGUGCAUUAUCCUGCUGAAAAAGGCCACUGCCAUCAGUGAACACCAUUGCCAUGAAGGGGUAUACGUAGUCUACAACAAUCCAAAGUUUCCCGGAAGAACAGGGCAUAAAACUGCCUCCAUUGGCCUACCUUCUUCCCACAGUGCUGCCAUCUCUUCCCCAGGUAAACGACGCACACGCACCCAGCCAUCCACCUGAUCUAAAAGAAAAUGUGAUUCAUCAGACCAGGCAACCUUCUUCCAUUGCUCCAUGACAAUCACGUCCCCAUUGAAGGCGCUUUCAGCGGUGGACAGGGGUCAUCAUGGGCACUCUGAACAGUCUGCAGCUACACAGCCCCAUGGCAGGUACUAACCAAUGCAUAACAGGAACACCCCACGAGACAUGCUGUUUUGGAGAUGCUCUAAACCAGCUAUCUAGCCAUUUUCAGUCACUUAGAUAUUUUCACUUGCCCAGUUUUCUUCCAACAGAUGAAAAAUCAAGAACUGACUGUACACUUACUGCCUAAUAUAUCCCACCCCUUGGCAGGUGCCAUUGUAACAAUAUAAUCUAUCUAAUCUAUUCACUUAACCUGUCAAGGGCUUUAAUAUUGUGGUUGAUCAGUGUAUGAAAAACCCAAAGUAUAUAAUGAAAACUUCGAAUAAUUUACACUGAUGAUCCCACUUGACCAGGAACAUAUAUUUAAAGGUAUUAUAAACAUUUAUAACAUUUUGCACCAUAAUAAUAUACUGAAGAUAUUAUACACAUAUUUCUGGAUUAAUAUUUUGUAUCAUUAUUCCCCAGUUUUAUAUUUGUUUAUAUAAUAUUGUUAAAAUUUAAAAGAAAAUAUGAGAAAAACUUAUUUUGUAUAUAGAUUGCCAUUCAGACCCAAUUUUUUUUUUUUUUUUAAGUAUUAUUAAAGUAAAAUAAAAUAAAUAAAUAACUUCAAGCCAACUCACUGGGCAUUUUAAAUGUAGUAUAUGAAAAGUAAACAAAACAGAAGAAAAGUAAGAGCGAAAAGAGAUAGCAGGCAAAUUUCAACAAUGUUUUCACAUAUAAAAUAUAAAGCAUCUGUUAAGGAAAAUGGAGCAAUUCGAACAUCUAUCUGGACCACAUAGCUCUAAAGUGUGGAGCCACAAGGAGAUAUUUUCUACUAGUUCAUUUUCUAAACAGAGUGAAGCGCAGUCACAAAAUCAUGAAAAGAACAACUGUUUUAGAAAGUAAAUAUUAGAUAAAAAAAAUUCUGCAAUUUUGUAGUUUCAGACAUUUUCCACAUUAGGCAAAAACAUGAAAAAAAAAAAAGUUUUACAUAAAGCUAUUGUAAGUUCCAUUUGCCUAUCCUAUGUUCUAAAGGGAUUAUAAGGAGCAACGAGGUGGGAAAAAAUAAAUUUACAGUGCAGGAAACACUAACAUAAAAUCUUAAAAAGUGUUAUAACUAAACAAGUUAAGCAAGACAUAUGGUCACUUGCUCAAACAGCAUUAUGUAAUAUCUCCAUAAUACAGAAUCAGAUUCGAUCAUAUCUCAUUUGCAGUGUUCCUAAAUUUAAUAACCAUGUACAAUACAUCAGCAUACCCUUCAGUUUGUUAAAAAUAUUACCAAAGUGUGUAAAAUGUGACUGGGUACUGCUGCCCUCUGUUGUUCAGAAAACAGACUAAAACAUUAUUAGGCACAUGUUUCGGAUAUUUCAGUAGUUAUGUUUUAUAAAGAAUUGUACAGAUAUUUCUACAAACAUUAAAAAAAUGUACAUUUUCUGCAAAUGUUGGAAAUAAUAUAAUGAUCAUUAUUCAGCAGCAUUUAUGUUGUUCACUAGUCAUAUAUAAGCUGUGUUGAAUCAAAAUUUCCAUUCUUUGCAGAAAGAAAAACAAAACAAAGGUUAUCCUUGUUAGCUGUACACUAAAAUAAAUAUUUCCUUGAAAUGAUCAAUUACUGCACUUGAUCCCACAGGUUUAUGUACGUAAAAGUAAAACAAUAAAGCUGGGGUGCCCAAAAAGUAGAUCCCUAGAUGUUUUAAAACUACAGCUUCCACGAUGCUUUGCCAUUCUAAAGCAUUCUUAAGGCAAGCAAAGGAGUUGUAGUUCAACAACUGGGGAUCUUCCUUUUGGGCAUCCCUGCAAUAGCGUAUAACAAAAGUAAAAUAUUGCAACACCGUGAUACCAAUCACUGCCUGGUAUUUUAUUCCACAUAAAGGUGAAUACGUAUUUCUAGGGUACAAUUAACAGUCUGUGUCAUUAACACCAAACAUGUGUUUAAAAAAACAAUUUUAUUAAAGACACGGAGGCUCAUAUUAUGCAUAACUCUUUCUUUAUUUCCUCAGCAGCAAAGAAAGAGAAAUAUAAAUAUUAUCAAAACUGAAGAAAAAAACUGUAUAGGCACAACAGGUAGCCAAUCACAGGGUAUAGGAAGUAGCUAUAUAAGUCUUGUGUCUCCCACAAUCCCCCUCUUUCUUUGCUGCUUCCUCAGACAGAUAAGUGUUUCUCUGAUUUUGGCUUGCAUUGUGAUUCCAUUUAAUUUGUAUUACAGUGUGUUUUCCUUUUAUGAUUUUCAUACUGUUUGGUCUAAUAUUAUUUGUUUUAUUAUUGUCUGUAUUUUCCCCGGCUGGUGUCUCCCCUCUGGGCCCGCGGGUGUGCCUCUGUCCCGUCCGGGCGGUCCCCACCCCUCCCCUCCUCUCUCCCCUCUCCUACCCGUGCUUCUGCACGGGACCCGACCUGCCGUGCCGCGGCCGCGAUUUCCUCGCGACCGCGGCGGUGUACACGCUUCUCUCCUCCUCCCUCACUCAGUUAGCGUGUCGGCUCGGCGGGCGGGUGCACGAGCCCCUUCCCCCGCCGAGUGGUUUUUCCUCGUGUGCCUUCCUCGUGCGGCGGCCAUCUUGGGGGCGGUCUUUGGUAUUCCUCCCAGUGCUGCCGUGCGACCGGCCACCUCGUAGCCCUGCUCCCUGGGGACACCAGCCAAAAUGUUUGUUUUUCAGUUUUUUCCUUGUGGGUUAAUCAACCCUUCCCUCUCUCUCCCAGCUAACACCCUGGUGUUAUUCAACCUGCUUUGUUUGUAGUCAGUUUUGGUCCCUAUAUAAUUGCCAUUGCAUUAUUAUUUUACUAUUUAAAUUCUCUGUCACUACCAUGCAGGAUAGGGGUGAUGGGCCUGUUGGUCCCCCAGGGGACUUACAAUUAGAUAGUACUGAUGGUGCCAUGGCCUCCCAAGAGUUUCAGGCCAUGUUAGAGGCCACUAUGGCUUCCUCUAUUCAGAAGGCUAUUGCCUCAGCCAUGGGAGCUGUCUCUUCUAAUUUCUCCCAGUCCCUGCACUCUCUGAUUUUACCUCCCAUGGCCACCCCUGCCCUCUCCCCUGCUCAGACUGUGCCUGGAGCCCGUAAGGCAAAGGCUAAGUCCAAACAUGUCGGCUCCCACUCCUCGAUGCAGGUUUUGCCUGCCAUGACUGACACGCCUGAGGCGGUCUCAGAUAGCGCGCACCCCACGCGCAAAAGAGCCCCUGGCCGGGCUAAAAAGGCUAGACUAUGGAAAAGGGCUAAAGCCCAUGAUAUUGGGUCGGAUACCGACCGGAGUGUGGAGGAUGAAUCCGACGCUAUGGAGUACGACUCCUUUGAUCAUGAUGAUUCUGGCGAGGAUUUGCCCCUUACGGGCGUGAACCCCUCCGGGUCCUCCGCCAAUACCCGGGGCCCCUCACUUGCUCCCCCGGGGGGUGACACCUCGAUCCUUGACCCGCAGGGCAACCCCCUGUUUGACCCAGACGACCUACGUCAUCCUCGGUCCGCCGAGUGGGUUCCCCCAGAUCACAUCGCCCAAUAUGUGGCUAAGCGUAUCCGCACGCCACUUUCUAGGGAAGGCCGCAAUAAAUUGCGCGCCGAGUGUCCACGCCCGUCCCUCCCGGGCGCGGCUUGCAAAACCCCGGACAUUGACCCGCAAAUUGCUCAAUUCCUGAAUAAGUCAGGAUGGAAGCCCAAGAAGGGCCUUGACCAUUCCCUUAAAAGCUGCCAGGACAAGAUCCUGGAUACCCUAGGUCCCCUUUCCAAGCUUUACGAGCUUUUGGAUGCUGCCAGGACCGGGGACUCCGUUCUGGACGUGGAUGUGGCCGUUGGUUGGGUCCAAAGAGCUAUUUGCUUACUGGGGAACGCCAAUACGGCCAUGUCUACAGAAAGACGCAAGGCGAUCCUCCUGAAGAUCGACCCUAAAUUGGCCGCUAUGACUGUGGCGGAGCCUGAUCCAACUGAGGAGGGUCUCCUGUUUGGCACGUCCUUCGUUAAGGAUAUGGGUGCUUAUGUCAAGACCUUUACGGCUAUUGACAAGGCACAGGCGAACAUGAAGCGCGUGUUCGCGCCUAAGGUUUUCGGAGGGGCCGGGCGUAGCAGGAACCGUCCACCCGGCCGUGGUUUCCGAGGCGCAUUCCGCGCAACCAGAGGUUCCUUCUUUCCCUCGAGAGGAUUUCAGGAACAGAGGGCCCCUCCCUUCUUCCCGGCAAGAGGUCGGGCCUGGGGAUCCAGAUACCCCCGCGGUGGUACCCCCGGCAGACGUCCUUACGGUGAGUACCCUUUCUUCCCCUCACGCUCAAGUUCGGGUGGCGGGGAGACUGGCCUUAUUUUGUCAAGAAUGGGCAAAGAUCACCUCAGAUGCUUGGGUCUUACAAUGUGUAAGGGGUUUUCGUCUGGAGUUUGUGUCCAUGCCUGUCCAGUUUUACUUCCCCAGAGAAUUGUCCCUACCUCAGGAGCAGGACGAGAUGAUUUCCACGGAAGUGGUAGAGAUGCUGUCCAAGGGCGCUAUAGAGGAGUUGCCGUUCGCCGCCCCAGGCUUUACGAGCAAUUUAUUCCUAGUGCCCAAGAAAGGAGGCGGAGUUCGCCCUGUCAUAAAUCUUCGCCCACUCAACGCUUUUCUACGCUACCAACACUUCCAGAUGGAAGGUAUACACUGCCUCAGGGACCUCCUACGUCAAUCGGACUGGUUGGCCAAGCUAGACCUGAAGGACGCAUACUUUACGGUCCCCAUCGCUUUGGAGUUCCGGGAUUAUCUCCACUUCACCUGGCAUGGGCGUCGUUGGCGCUUCACCUGCCUGCCUUUCGGUCUCUCCUCGGCCCCUUGGUGCUUCACCAAGCUCAUGAAGCCCGUGGUGACAUUCCUCCGAACCCGGGGGGUUCGCCUCAUUAUUUACCUGGACGAUAUCUUGAUUUUAUCCCAGUCACGAGAGGAUCUCCUCACACACCUGGGAUGGACGACCGACCUUCUGCAGAAGUUGGGAUUUCUGAUCAAUUGGAGCAAGUCGGUCCUGGUCCCUGCCCAGUCCAUAGAGUUUCUGGGUUUUCAAGUGGAUUCCAUCCAGCAGUUCCUGUUCCUUCCGGAUGCCAAGGUGAAAGCCAUCCAGAAGGAAAUUCGGAGGGCCCUCCGUGUCCCGGAUUUGUCGGUCAGACAACUGGCGAGAAUUAUCGGCCUUCUCGCGGCCUCCAUUCAAGCAAUUUUCCCAGGUCCCCUGCAUUACCGAGCACUCCAACGGCUCAAAGGAUCACGACUUCGCUCCGGUCAUUCAUACGAAUCUCGGAUAACAUUAGACGAGGAGUCCAGGGACGAACUGGCGUGGUGGUUGGCGCACAUGGAGGCAUGGAACGGAAGAGCCAUCUUCGGUUCUGUCCCGGACGUAGUGAUAGAGUCCGAUGCCAGCUUACACGGCUGGGGCGCUCGUUGUGGCAACGUCUCCACAGGAGGCAGGUGGUCCGACACAGAGAAGUCGUUACACAUCAACUGCCUGGAACUUCUGGCAGGUGCCUUCGCGAUCCGCAGCCUUGCUCCGGGGAGGGCGAAUUGUUGCGUUCUCCUCAAGAUGGACAACGUAUCAGCAGUCCGUUACAUAAAUCACCUAGGGGGCACGAAAUCCAAAAUGUUGGCGAUUCUGGCAAAGGAUUUUUGGCAGUUCUGCCUCUACAACAACGUUUCGGUAACGGCGGAACACAUCCCAGGUCUGGACAAUUCGGGGGCGGAUUGGAAUUCCAGACACUUACGGGACUCCGGGGACUGGCAUCUACAUGCUUCAGUGUUCCAGUGCCUGAACAGGCUGUGGGGCCGGUUCCAGUUGGACCUAUUCGCGUCACGCCUGAACACUCAGCUACCGAGGUUCUACAGUUGGAGGCCGGACCCGGCUGCAAUAGCGACAGAUGCCUUCCUCCAGGAUUGGCCACCGGGUCUGAUGUACGCCUUUCCCCCAUUCAACAUGAUCGCACGCACGAUCUCGAAACUGGUCCGCCACGAUUGUCGGAUGGCUUUGAUCACCCCUCUAUGGAGGUCUCGACCAUGGUUCCCUCGGCUGAUGGAAUUGUCCAUAGACUACCCUCGUUUACUUCCGGUAUUCCAAGAUCUUCUUCUGGAUCCGGAUGGGAACUCUCACGACCUGGUGUUGCAGCAUCAGCUACCCCUCAUAGCGUGGUUCCUUUCAGGGGACCUUGGGUUAUCCCAGACGUUUCGCAGUCAACUCUCCGACUCCUCGAUAACGCCUGGGCCCCGGGUACACGGACAGCUUACCGACAUGCAUGGAGAUCAUGGUCUGGUUGGUGCAUGGAACGGGCAAUGGAUCCCGUAUCUGCCCCUCUGCCUUUGAUUCUGGAGUUCCUCACGUUCCUAUUUGAUUCGGGCAAGGCAUACCGCACAAUCAACCUUUUCCGCUCAGCUAUCUCAGCCGGUCACGAAGGUCUAGACGGUUCUCCGGUCGGCAAGCAUCCUUUUGUCUGUCGACUUCUCAAGGGUAUUCGCCUUGCUCGUCCUCCUCGACCUCGUUUUGCCGCCUUUUGGGACGUCAACGUGAUGCUACAGUUCCUAUCAUCAUGGUACCCCAAUUUGGAGCUGUCUCUCAAGCAAUUGUCUGCCAAAUUGGUUAUGUUACUGUGCCUGAUUUCUUGCAGAAGAGUCUCUGACGUCCGGGCCCUGGACUGGGACGCCGUUGCAUUCACCCCAGAAGGCGUCACCUUUGACAUUUCCAGGAGGACCAAGUCUGCAUCUAAGACACUUACAUACCCUAGGUUUUCGGACUGUCCAGCGCUCUGCCCGGUGGAUUGCAUCAAGGACUAUCUGGAUGUUGCACGUCCCCUUCGCAUGACAUUAUGCGAGCGGCGGAUUGGUCUCGGGAAUCGACCUUCCGAACCUUCUACUUCAGGCCAAUUGAGCACAUCGCAUCUCGUGUGGUGGCACAGCUUUGAACUUGCAUAAUAUGAGCCUCCGUGUCUUUAAUAAAAUUCCCAGAUUUUACUAGUAACAUGACGUAAAGUCAUGAUUUUAUUAAAGACACGGAGGCGAGUAUUAUUCCCUCCCACCCUCCCGGAGUGGAGUUGGGGUACGAGAUGCUUGGUGGCUCUACAGGUAUGUCUUUUUCAGUUCGUUCUGUUUCAUAUCAGUUGAUUUGCAUCUUUUGUACGGGUUGUUGUACCUUUAUGCUGUGUACUAAUUCUGUUGUUUUUAUAUUUCAGUACUCUGUUUUACCUGUGUCUCCCCAAGACUAUGUUUGGUAAGUUUGCAGUUCUGAAUUAAGAAAUUACCAUAUUUCUCUAUCUUUUUUAGCUUGAAAUUGUCGCAUCGUUUUCCCGUUACCCUGUUUCGGCCAAGUGGGACAUCGUUCAUCUUACCUGGUCUUCGGUUCGCAAGAAAGAGGGGGAUUGUGGGAGACACAAGACUUAUAUAGCUACUUCCUAUACCCUGUGAUUGGCUACCUGUUGUGCCUAUACAGUUUUUUCUUCAGUUUUGAUAAUAUUUAUAUUUCUCUUUCUUUGCUGCUGAGGAAAUAAAGAAAGAGUUAUGCAUAAUACUCGCCUCCGUGUCUUUAAUAAAAUCAUGACUUUACGUCAUGUUACUAGUAAAAUCUGGGAAUUAUUUUGUACAAUAGUUUGCAACAUUACCCUAUUAUCUUUCUGCUCUUGCAGAAACAUGUAACCUGCUACAGAUAGGAACUGCAAUCUUCAAUAGUCUGUUCUUUCCUUGUGCUUUGCAUGUGAUAAGAGCAGUAGACUUGAUGAAAGCCUACCCUAGUCCAAUAAUUUUGUUCUUGUCAUAUGAUAUAGUUAGAAGCUGCAAUACAGGUUGUGACUUGUAUCUCUUACUUUUCCGUUUAUAAAAGUCCAGAUUUCAAUUUUGAAUUGACUUUUAUAACUGGGGGCAGAAACACCUCCCUAGCCAUCACGCAGACAGCCAAGGAAAUUGUCUUCCUCUUCCGUAAGCCCAAUAACAGAAGUGACAAGUGUGCACCUGCCUCACACCCUUUUUAAAGAGCUCUACUAUAGAUAAUUGAAAAGCUUUCUCAGUGAGAUGCCUCUAACUGAACGUCUGUGCCUGGGAUAAACAGGAGGGUUUGCACCAGGUCUGCAGCCUUUGCCAGCUGUUUCAUCAUAAAUACCCAAAGAAAGCAUGUAGGAAAAAGCACAUGCAUGUGUUCUUUAGGGGAAUAUUUACUAAAUAGUUUAAAAGCAGUAAACUAAUUGUUCUUUUCAUACAUUGGUAUGUGCAGUGGUUUUUACAGAAAAGAUGCGCAUACAGACUCCAAGCGCCAUGAUAUGGAUAGUGGAGAUUUCAGAUGAUAUAUGCAUAUUUCCACUGACACAAGUCAGUGAACUAGCAGGUAUAUUGCAUUGGAACUCCUCCCCUUUUUCAUGCAGUUUUUGAGACCAGCAGUUUUUAUUGAUAACCCAUUUCCAAGCCUGCAUGCCUCUAAUACUUGUUUUAUGAUGUGCUGUUCAUAUGGCUGGAGAUGCCACUUGAGAAUCACUAAAGUCACCCAGGCCCCUUCAUCUCAAUUUAACCCUUCAAGGUAAAACACUCACCCUUCUAGGUAAGCAUUGCGGUUUCUGCAAAAUGGCAAACACACCACUAGUGGCGGUUACACUGACAGCCACGGAGUAAAACUUGGUCACAUGACGUGGAUGCAUUGAUUCAAUCCUUUCCUAUGGAGUAACUUGUAUGCAUGCGCAUCAGGUCACCAUUGCUCCUAUAUGAGGAGUAUUGGAUCGGACCAAGCUGGAAGAGGCCAUGCCUCCUUGAUGACUUGCUUAAGUUGAUUACUUUUUUGGGACACAAAGGGGGCAGGGACACUAAAGAACCAUGGUGUUUGGAGUCUGUAUGUUCAGCUUUUCAGUAAAAAGCACUGCACAUACCGUGAUAUUAAAAAAACAAGCCGUUAAUUGCUUUUUAUCAAUUUAGUAGAUAUACCACUAGAGAAAACCACAAUUUUCCAUGCAUGCUUUUGAUGGCUUUCCACUUAAUCUCAGGCAGGGACUUUCUAUCUGUGCCAAGGAAUUGACAGAUCAGAGGCUUCUCACUGAGAAUGAAUUUAAAGUGAAUUUAAAAUGUAAGGUCAAAAUAGCCAAAGUGGAAACAUUCUCAAGUAAGCUAUGAUCUCAGUUUGACCAACCUGGCCCUAAAUUUGUAAUUCACUUUGAAUUCUCACUUUAGUGAAUAACCAUGUCAGUCUGACAAUAUCUUGUAAAGCACUGGGAGUCUAAAAGCUAUAUAGCCAAGCUGCAAAAUAUAAACUUGAUAAAGUGCAGUAGUAUAAAUAGUGAAAUGAAAAAAUAUCAAAUAGAUAUUAUUUGUCUCUCAAUUCCAAGUGUCAAACAUGUAUCAAAGAAUGUUUCUCUGGAGCAAAAUCAAACUAAAGUGCAUUUUGAUUUUGCACUAGAGACGCUUUUUUUCAUACAUGUAUAGCAAGCUUGCUUGGGAAGUUUAACUGUUAGCAAUGAAACAUAUACACUGGUCAGCCAGAAAAUGAAAACCACUUAUAGGUAAUGAUUAUAUCAUUACUAUGACAACUGUCAAUGGGUGGGAUAUAGAUAGCAGCAAGUGAACAGUCAGUCAUUGACUUUCAUGUGUUGGAAGCAGGAAAAAUGGGCAUGCAAAAAAUCUGUGACUUUGACAAGGGCCCAAAAGUGAUGGCUAGAAGACUGGGUCAGAGCAUCUCUAAAACAGCAAGUCUUGUGGGGUGUUCCCAGUAUGCAGUGUUUAGUACCUAUCAAAUGUGGUGCAAGGAAAGACAACCGUUGAACCAGCGACAGGGUCAUUCGAACCCAAGGCUCACUGAUGCAUCUGGGGUGCAAAAGAUAGCCUAUCUGGUCCGAUCACACAGAAGAGCUACUGUAGCUCAAUUUGCUGAAAAAUGUAAUGCUGGCCAUGAGAGAACAGUGUCAAAACAUGACCGCUGUCCACCACUGAAAGUUCCUUCGAUGAGGACGUGAGCAUCAGAACUGGACUAUGAAGCAAUGGAAGAACGCCAACUGGUCUGAUGAAUCGCGUUUUCUUUUAGAUCAGGUAGGUGGCUGGAUGUGUGUGCGUCAUUUACCCGGGGAAGAGAUAGCAGGCUGGCAGGGGCAGUGUUAUGCUCUGGGCAAUGUUCUGCUGGGAAACUUUUGGUCCUGGCAAUUAUGUGGAUGUUACUUUGAUACAAAUCAUCUUCUUAGAUAAUGCGGACCAUAUACACCCCUUCAUGGCAAUGGUGUUCCCUGAUGGCAGUGGCCUCUUUCAGAAGGAUAAUGCACCCUGCCACACUGCAAAUACUGUUCAGUAAUGAUUUGAGGACACUAACAAAGAGUUCACGGUGUUGCUUUGGCCUCUAAAUUACCCAGAUCUCAAUCCCAUUGAGCAUCAGUGGAAUGCGCUUGAACAAGAAUUCCAAUCUGUGCAGGCACCACCUCACAACUUGCUGCUAAUGUGUUGGUGCCAGAUACCACAGGAAACAUUUAAAGGUCUUGUGGAACCAAUGUCUCGACAUAGGAGAGAUUUUUUGGCAGCACUAGAGAAUUCUACACUAUAUUAGGCAGGUGGUUUUAAUGUUGUGGCUGAUAAGUGUAGAAAAAAGAAGAGAGGAGAAAAAAAGAAGGAGAAGUUAAACAGUGUUUGUAUUUCUCCUCCUUGUUUGCAAUGUUUGCCCUGGCUUUGCCUUGGUGGAACUGGAUCAUAAUAUAAUUUGUAAUAUCUUUAAUAUAUAUUUAAAGGAAAACAAUCUCAUGAAAAAGGUUAACACAGGUUGCAGGUGAUUUCAAUAUUUUAUUCAAUGUGUGUUAAUUUCAAAGAAGUGAUAGUACACUUUAAGUCAACACAAUCACACCAGGACCAACAUAUAUCAUACUGACCCUUCAAUAGAGGCUGAAAUGUGGGAAUCUCUUGUAACUUGAUAACUUCAGGAUCUUUGCUGAUGUUUCGGUUGGAUUGGGUCCCUGGAGCCACAACUACAAUGUCAUCCAUUUUUGCUCUCUGUUUAGCCGGAGAUGGGACAGCUGCAAAAUAUGUUCAAUAAAGACAGCAUUUUCUAUUAAAAUAUAUAAGUUGAUUAAAGAAAAUAACAUAACUUACUCUCUAGAAAGUUAGAAAGGUCACUGUGCCAGGUACGUGGACCAUAUACUCAGUCAACACAUUCUGCUAUCAAUUUGCAAUGAUGGAUUAUGACUAAAAUACAUACAACUAAUCACCAGACACCCACUUUUCUCUACUGUUAACUACUAGACCACCGGUAUAUAGUCACGCAAAUUUGGUUGUGGAGUGUAUACUAAUUUAGCAAGGCCCUAUCAUUCUAAGGAGAUAUACAAAAAGUCAUUAUUAAUAGUCUGACCAUGCACUCUGCAUUAAUUAUUAAUUUACUGUGAACUGAAAGAAGAAAAAAAAACAGUACAGCAUAUACAUAGGUAUUUGAAUAGUGACAAAAAUAUUAUUGCUUCAUCUUUGUUCUUAAAGCAUAAAGUGCAGACUGUUAACUUAAUUUCAUGGUAUUUAUAUCCAUUAACUAUGAACCAAUUGGAAAGAAUAUUAGUUCACAUCUUAAUUUGUUUGCUCAUUUAAAAGCUCUAAAUUCAAUCUGCACAAUGUGCUGGUAAAAUUGGAUGCAUAUGUAAAGAUCACAAUAUGCAUGUGCAUAUUAGGUUUGUGAUGCCAUUGGGUAUCGUGGGAGGUAGAUAUAUAUUAUAUUCAUUGCUUUCCUCAAGCAUUGAAAGGAGAUACAUUCUUAAAGUAAAGAAUAUACAUAAAAAUGAGAAAAAACAAUUAUCCCUACCAUCAGUAUAUAACAGGAUCCUUUGGCCAUAUACAUAAAUCUUUGAUCAGACAGUGUCUGAAAAACAAUAGUUAGUCUCAAUGGUCUUCCCUGCUCCAGUCCUGUCAUAUACUAAAGUAGGGAUGAUUUCUCAUAUUUUACAUAUACUUUAUUUUAAAAAAAAUAAAAAAAAUUAUAAUAAUAAUAAUAUUCCCUUUCAGUACUUGAUGAAAUUGUUAUAUGAAAAUUAUUAUUAUAUUAUUGAUUUAUCUAAAGAAGUCAUCAUUAAAGUCUAUGGGAUUUUUUUUGCAGAUAAAUUAUUUGAAACGUUUCUUGGAACAGAUUGGAAUUAUUUCUAAAGCUGAUUCAAACUAAUUACAUUGAGGCCAUAGUUGGGUACCUGCUUCUCAAUGCAGCAGCUUCCUCUCUUGGUGCCCUUUUAAAUAGUGAGCCCACCCUCACUGAAGCAGCAUAAUAAGAAUUCAGCCUGCAGAUUGUUAACACCAGCAUUAUCAAAUGUAAAGCACAGAAAGGAGUCUAUUUAUUGACAUAGAAAUGGUUUUCUGUUGAGCACAAUAUUAAAAAGCCCUACCCAGCCGAUUGUACUCACUGCAGCCAGUCCCACAGCAUGCAUUUCCUUUCCUGCAGCUCAAAUGUGAGUCUGCAGUAAUCUAUCUGUGAUGUAGAUCUGAAUGUUUAUGCAUAAAACACAUGAAUAAUUGCUGAGUAAUGUAAAAAUGAGCAACUGCAAAAAGGGAAGGCUGCACAUGUAUGGGGUAGUGUGAGAUUAAGAGAGAAGUCAAAGCCUAAACCCAAAUUACAUUCUAACCCCUGAUUCUUAAUGGGACACUGUAGGUACCAUAACUACGUCCAUAACAUUGACUGUAGUCUGCAGACGCAUGCCUGUCAAACUGUUAACUUCCCUUGCUGUGCCCAGAAAGCACUGUUUAUGGGAUAUGCUCAUCACUGGGAAAGGUUGCGUAUUUCAUAAUCAUUGAGUAUUUGCAAAAAAAAGUACUAAACAGCUCAAAGCAACAUUCCAAGCACCAUAGCAAAUAGAGCUCCCUGCAGUGUUUAAGGUGCAAGGAGUGCCCUGGUGACACCCUCCAACUGUAAGUAGUCUAACUGUCAAAAGAGCUUAAAGGACCACUAUAGGCACCCAGGCCACUUCAGCUUAAUGAAGUGGUCUGGGUGCCAGGUUCAGCUAUGGACAGGUAAUCCUUUUUCUCUAAACAUAGCAGUUUCAGAGAAACUGCUAUUUUCACAUUAGGGUUAAUCCAGCCUCUAGUGGCUGUCUCAUUGACAGCCGCUAGAGGCGCUUCCAUGCUUCUCACUGUGAAUUUUGAGAAUGCUUUCCUAUGGACUGGCUGAAUGCACGCGCGGCACCUGCCGCGCAUUCAGCCGAUGACAUCGCUAUGGAGGAGGCGAGUCCCCUGCCCGGCGCUGGAGAAAGAGGUAAGUUUAACCCCUUCCACCACCUAGAGCCCGGCGGGAGGGGGUACCCUCAGGGCACUAUAGUGCCAGGAAAACGAGUAUGUUUUCCUGGCACUAUAGUGGUCCUUUAAUUAUUCAUAAAUACAAAAAAUAAUUAGGUAAAAAACUGGUGCAAAAUGUACUUAAGUGCAUAUCUGUACAAACAACCAUAUGUGGUGCACAAGAGUGCACUUUAUAUACAUGCUUAUAAAUUAAUUGGGCAGACCCUGAUCACCUAUUAAUAGAAAAGCAAGACAAAUAUGCAAUACUGUAAUAUUUUAAAACAUAGCUGAAAAAUGGACUCUCACUCACAAAGGUAGAGUGCCACUCACAACUCUCCAGCUUAGGCAGGACCAACCCUUUGUGAUAGAAGAACUACCCUGCAUAGAAGAACUCCCCAGCAGCCAAAACCAUUCUAGGACAUAUUUAUUACAUAAAGGUAAAAAAACAAUGUGUUCUCCUCAGAAUUACAAAGUCUGUAUUAGCUCCUACAAUCCCUGAAGAUCGCUUGUGCAGACAAACCUGUAACCAUUGUGCAUUCCAUACACUGUUCACAUCCUCACGUAAUGAGGUAUGCGUCCCGAGCACUACUAGCACAUACGGCGGAUGAUGUAUCCGUCAUCUUUGUUCCACUCGGGGGAGGAACGCAUAGUGCAUUCCACACGCUGUUUGCACUUUUACAGAAUAAGGUAUGCGCCUGCGCGGCUGGCUGCUCGAUCGGCAGUAUCUCCUAUCCUGCAGUUUGGGGUGGGAUAUUGGCUUGGCAUAUCCGAUUCCAGUUAUUACAGGGACACAUAUGCGUUCCACUUUACAAACAAGAAUUUAUGGAUAUCAGGAGCUAUGGACAGGUAAUCCUUUUUUUUAAAUUUUUUUAUCUGCAAGGAAGUUAGACCAGUCAUUUAAUUUGAUAGAUGCCCUCGAAGGCACAGAGUUUAUCUUUCUACUUCUGACUAGUCUCUCCUUGCUCUUACAUUCAUCAUUUAAGUCAGUAUUUCUUUUCAUCACCUUCUAUUUAAGUAGCACUAUUAGAUUUAUCUCUCUACAAUCUAGAUUUUGUAUGCAUUGCUGCACCAGUUAUUAGGAUUCAAUAAACAGCUGUUUAGGCGAUAUUUACCGUUUACAACCCUCUGAUUGUUGCUAUUUUUUCUCUGCUUUGGAUACGGACUUUAUUGUGCACUUUAUUUGUAAUAACAAUUCAGACAUCAAAUUGCAACAGUAUCCUAUUCACAGAGAUAAUUUAGCCUGGGAUCUUUCAAGAGCAUAUAAACCUAUACUCAUUGCAAGUGUAUCCUAAAUAUAUAGGUUUCUAUAUGUGAUUACUGACUUUAUUAUUUUACUCACGUUCCCUCGCAUUAUUUUUUUGUUUACAGGUUUUAGUUUAUGUGUGUGUCUUUUAUUAUCAACGACUUUUAAAAGUUGUUUUAUGAUCUAUCUUUAGCUUAGGACAGUGUAUUUCUGUUAUUGUCUACAUUUCUCAAUUAGGGUUAACCCCUUCACUGCCCUACGAUUUCUCUUUGAUACAAUUAGCUUCCAAUGUUUUCUUUAACUACAGUUUGACAAAUUACACUACAUGGUAUUCCUGGCAGUAUAACCACAACAGCAGGCUGUAGUGGAUGCGAUGCUGGGAGUGUUCCUUUAAAUGGAGAAAGUGAGAGUUUUCUUCAUAUGUUUAAUGUAAAAACUCUUCAAAUAUAUUUAAAAAUUAUAAAUUGACCUGGUGUGUCUGAUUCAAUUUUAGAUCAGUAAACAAUACUACAGCUUCUUGUUUUAAAAUUUACAUUAGGAGCUGGGUAUUUGACAUUGUAAGGGUUCUUUUUUUGGUCUUAAAUUUGCAAGUGAAUGUAAUAUGCAUUUACCUGAAGAGCCAUCACCACCAUGCCGAAUAUCAGAUUCUGAACUCUGAUCAGCACCCAUGUUGUUAAGCACUUGCAGUGAUUAAUCUACAAUCUCUAAAAUAAAGGAAAAAUAAAACCAAUGUAAUAACUGUUAUACAGCCCUAAACAAAUGUUAUUAACAAUGACAAAUGUAACAGCUUCUCUUUUGGAUAAUCCUAAAAUACUUUAGAUAUCAACAGUCUAUGGAUGCAACUUUUGUGUGAAUAUAGUCCAAAUUGUGCAUUAUUUUGGGUUGCUGAAAACACAGUAUCAAAUAAAAAAUUAGAUAAAUGUUGUGAACAUAAAAUAUAUUUUAGGGAAAUAAAAUUGUAUUCAUGUCCCGUGUACAAGGUUUUCAGUACAUGAGAAUAAACAUACAGGUCAAAUGAAAAGACAGAAAGGCAAAGCAGUGAACAUUUUUUUUUCCUUUGCUCACUUCGCAGGAGAUUUGUCUUGAAGGUUAUUUUGUUUUUGUAACUUUCCAAACAAGAAAAUCUGAAAAAUGUGUGUCAAAAUAGCAUAGAAAAAAAAAAUAAAUAGCUCUAUUAUUGAUCUCAAUGUUCAUUACAUUUAUCAAGUUGGUGUUUUCAACUUUACAUACAACACUUAAAAAACAAAAAAACUAAACAGUACAGUACUACUAAUACCAGUGAGAUGUUUUUGAGGGUAACACCUCAUUUUACUCAACAAACAGAUCCUUGAUAUCAGCAUUCUGAGUCAAAAUACCAGUGGAAGUUAAACCAGUACUUUAGUGCCCCUAGCUUCCUCAGAAAUACCCCAACCAGUAAUUAUAGCAAAGAGUGAGAAAAUGAGGCCUUUAGCAGUAUUUGUGAUAGGCAAGCCCCCUCCCCCCCAUUUGAAGGCAGUGUAGUCUCAGUAAACAAUUUGUUCUGGCCAGUCAAUGACCUGAUGAACAUGAUAUGGAUGUUACAGCUAGCAGGGGGCAACUAAAUAUAGCAUGAUAACCCAAUCAAAAAGCAAAUAAGCAGAACUGUAGCUAAAACAUUUUAUUAAACAUCAAGAACUUAAUUUCUGCUAAAACAAACUCUAACGUGUCAAAACAGUAUUGUUUAUGCCAGGCUACAAAGUUAUUUAAAAUAUAUAUAUUUUUUUGGCGGCGCCUGACUUCCGGCGCGAAUGGCGGCUUUCUGAGGGAGCUCCGUCCACAGAGGCACAGAGCCGGCUAACAACAGCGCCCGUAACCGCUCAAUCCACCCCCACUUGGUCACCCCAGCUGCUCCCCACGGUACUCACCUGAACUACAAUGGGAGGCGGACGAAAAUCAAAGCAAGGCGCGGAGGUAGCGCCGAUUUUUCGGAGCCGCAAAGAUGGCGGCGCCAUGCGCUCAGAAGAUGGCCGCGGCUAUGAUUCAGACUCAGCAGCCAGCGACACAAGCCGAGCGACCACCUCUACUCCACUAACAAAAGACGACCUCCACCACCUACUACAAGAAAUUAAAGCUAAUAUGAAGGUGGAAUUCGACAAACACCUCACACCCAUCAAAGAGGGCCUAAUUGAUCUGACACACAGAACCACGGCCAUAGAGGAACAGCUUGACCGUACAACCACACGCACCACGGUAAAUGAAAACGCCAUAGCCUCUCUCCAAGACCAGGUCCGCCAACUGGAAGAGGCUCAGGAGGACCUUAACAAUCGGUCACGCCGCAAUAAUAUUAGGAUACGCGGGGUGCCUGAAACGGUCGACAUGGAUACGCUAGGCCCAACACUGCGGGAGCUCUUUUGCGGCCUACUCCCAGAAGCCUCACCGGCGGAACUCCUGCUGGACAGAGCACACAGGGCCCUGCGAACACCCCUGCCCAAUGCCACCCAACCCAGGGACGUCAUUAUCAGAGUGCACUACUUCCAUAUCAAGGAAGCACUCAUGCAAGCAGCCCGAAACACACCACUACAACUAGAAGGACACCAAGUCUCCUUCUACCAAGACCUAGCCCCGAGCACCUUAAGAAAGAGAAGGGAACUACGGCCCCUCACCCAAGAACUCGCAAGGCAACACAUCCGCUACUCAUGGGGGCACCCAUUCAAGCUGCAAGUAAGGAAGAACAACCGUACUUACAUCUUACACAACACAGCUGAAAUGCACGACUUCGCUGAGAGCCUCGGCCUUGACCCUACAACCCUCACCGCUGACCCAAAUCCCAGAAGAAGCGAAAGAGGUCCUCCACCCAGGAAUGCACCACCGCCUACCGGGGCACGCCAGAUACCCAAUAGCCCGCGCCCCAGGGCCGAAAACUGAACGACAAGAUGACCACCCACCACCCUACAAGCCAACAGAAGGUCGACGAAAGACCCAAUACGGACUGCCCACAAAAAGAACUCUGACUACCCAUGCAGCAGCUCACUACUCACCCAGACUCAUCGAUCCGACUACAACUGGUACCAACGACCACAGACCUCUCCACAUCCUAAUGCUGGACUUACUACCGAUACAACCGCUGAUGACACCAAACUCCAGAUAAGAUCUGCUUAACGCACCACUUCCUUAACUUAAAUGUUAUAUUUAUAUUUAUAUUUAUGUAUAUAUAUAUAUGUACUAUGCUUAGCUGUUUAACACUCCUAGCUUGACAUGAUAGAGCACAUAAUACAGACGGCGGGUACUAGUACAUCAUUCGGUGUAAGCUACUACACACGGGGGAUGGCACCGCACUGCAAACCCCAAGGACCACCCCAAACCUAGCUACCAUGGCUAAUAACAAGGGGACAGGCCUGACCUAAGUUACAACCGACAUACCCCCCCCAGCCCCAGGCAAUAAGUGUGGAGCCCACCCAACCACGGACAAGGUCCAGGGACAUAACCAAGACCUACUGGGGCCCCCCCGAGCCACGCGCUCACCCACCUGACCCUACAAUAAGACACCUGGCCCUCAUAGAGCCCCUGAACCACCUGCGCCAGGGUCGAGUAGUCAAGCUCCCACCCCUAGCCCACAGGUCAGAUGACAUUCCCACUGGCCACACUGGGACAUUGUACAAACAGCAUACCCUAGGAAAUGAACGGGCCCGGACAAGCGUAAUGCUGCGCACGCCCCCCCUGGGGAACAACGCAUGCAGGGGGCUCCUCGAUAACACUGACAGGCCAGUUUAGGGAUGGGAACACCGCACAUCCUACUAACAGACAGGUUGGGCCUAGAAGGCGCCGGGGGACUAUAGCUCCACUAAGACAAACUACUAUCCCCCCUGUAGGCCCUCUACCCAGGGAACCACUCAAAGCACCACAGAGGGACACUCUAAACGAAGGCCCAAGAACCCCCAAAGAGAAGACCCCACAGUUGAAGGUAUAAAUGUGACUAGGUUCAGGUUGAAGUUCAACUAAUAUGUUACAAAAUGUACAAAUGAUGAGGUUUGGUUUUCAGCUACAGGAUACACCCAGUUACAUAGGCUCACAGAAGUCACACUCGGCAAACAGCGCCCUACCGACAACUCAAGACCGGACGAUGACGAAACCUCCCUCACCACUAAACUGCAUGGGGACCUACCAGACAGCCAGACUACUGACUCACGAGACCACAAGGUACGACCUUACCACCACACGACACAAUACAUAACGAACAUAUCCCACAGAAACAUCAACAACAAGACGAUGACCACCCAUAGCAGGCGUAGAAACUCAGAUACCCACUGAAAACUGCCUUAGGACGACUCAGACUGGACAGUCGCCAACCCCUGACACAAAUCCACCCAAACUCUCAGGGAAAACCCACGGAGCGGUCGGACGCUUCGCCCCAAUACCUGCUGGCCCUUGGAUAAGCCCAGCAGCACACCUCCCCCCCUCACCCCCAAAUAACCUCCCGCUUCCCUACUCCCCUUACCCAACCUCCCCCCCUCGUGGUCCGCGGCCACUCAGACGCGCAACCCCUGCUAUCCCAACACCGCGCACCCGAACGGAACACCACACCGCCACAGGCACCAUGCCAACGUCCAUACGCUGCAUCUCUAUCAACGCCAAAGGACUUAACUCCCCCAACAAAAGACACAGCAUCCUCCGCUGGGCACACAAACAACAAGCCGACGUACUCCUCAUACAAGAAACCCACUUCACAACCCAUCGCACGUUCCCACUCACAAAUAGAUACUACACACAAAGCUUUCAUGCUCCUUCCCCAUCCACCAAAACUAAAGGCGUAGCUAUCCUCCUGAGAGCAAAUAGCCCCCUCACAGACAUUACCUGCUCUAAAGACCCACAGGGCAGAUAUGUCACCAUAAAGGGAAAAAUAGGCACAAUACAAUACGCCUUCUCCUCGAUAUACGCACCCACAACACCAGAUACUUCCUUCUGGCAACAGCUAACAACCCACCUCAACAUUUACUCAACCACACGACUCAUAGUGGGUGGGGACUGUAAUGCAGCCCACACCCCUGCCAUAGACAGGACUUCACUCACGUCCACGCGAACGCGCCCAUACCAAAAUGAUAUCCUCUUCGCCCAAUUUCUAGCCUCACAAAAACUGGUAGACAUCUGGAGGGCACAACACCCUACCACCAAAGAUUACACCUUCUACUCCCACACACACGGAACUUACUCGCGCAUCGACCAUUUCCUCAUCUCCCCAAACUUGGUACCCCAAAUCACCAAGUCAGAGAUCGGACCAAUCUCUUGGUCCGAUCAUGCCGAAAUAGCAAUCACUCUACACCUACCAACCAUUCACACACAUUGGUCAUGGCGACUGAACCCAAUACUCCUUCACGAUAAACUGAUCAAAGACAAGAUAACCACGGCAAUCAAAGACUACUUUGAACUAAACUCGCCCACAACCACCUCUCCCAUGACCCUAUGGGCUGCUCAUAAAGCAGUAAUCAGAGGCACAUUCAUCAACCUAGCCUCUCACAAAAAAAAACAGGCUCAACGACAAAUACUUGAGACAAUGACGGAACUCCGUCGUCUAGAGACAGAUCACAAAAAGGAUCCCAACCCGACCACCCUGGCCAACCUUACCACAGCUAGAAACCUCCUUAAAACCCUCACCCAAGCAGACACAACCAAAGCUCUGAUGUGGCUCAAACAAAAAUAUUACGAAAAGGGAAACAAAGCCGACACCAUGCUCGCACGCAGACUCAAAAAACGCACCGAGGCCAAACGAAUUACAUUAAUACGCACAAACACUGGCACUAUGACUGACUGUCCAGAUAGCAUAGGCAAAAUCUUCCAGGACUAUUACACAGACCUUUAUAACCAUGACCACCGACCCCAAGACACCAGGCCAACAUUGCCCGCACGCAUAGAAACAUUUCUAAAAGACGCAACACUGCCCACCCUCACCCAAGAGGCCCAAGCGACACUAAGCCAAGAGGUCACGAUAGAAGAAAUGGCGUUGGCAGUGGGACCCCUCAAACCAAACAAAAGUCCAGGGCCGGAUGGUUACACAGCCCUAUACUAUAAGGAGUUUGGCCCACUGCUCCUCACGCACCUAUGCAAGGUCUUUAACGCAGCACUCAAGGGGGAGAACCUCCCACCAGAAAUGACUGGGGCGAACAUCUGCCUCCUCCCCAAACCGGGAAAAGACCACACGGAACCCGCACACUACAGGCCAAUCUCCCUCCUCAAUGUGGACCUUAAAAUCAUGACCAAAAUUAUGGCUAACCGACUAAACCCAUAUCUACAGUCCCUCAUACAUCCAGAUCAAGUGGGAUUCAUACCACACAGACAGGCAGCAGACAACACCCGGAGAGCCAUAGACCUCAUCUGGCUGGCCAACCAUAGAAAGAUCCCGACGGCGAUCAUCUCUCUAGACGCGGAAAAAGCGUUUGAUCGCCUGCUCUGGCCGUUCCUUCAUCACACACUAACACACAUAGGGAUGCCAUCCAAAUUCACCUCAUUCCUACAAGCCAUUUAUCACGCCCCUCAGGGCGCACUCCUACUACCCAACAUCCCCCCACCACGAUUCCCCAUCUCAAACGGCACGAGACAGGGAUGUCCUUUGUCCCCCCUGCUUUUUGCCAUUUCACUGGAACCUUUACUACAAGCGGUGCGCAGCAGCCAGGAGAUAGAGGGGUUAACGAUUAGAGGGGAAACCUUCAAAAUUUCUGCCUAUGCAGAUGACAUCUUGCUAACCCUAACAAGACCAGAAAGAUCCAUAAACUCCCUCCUAAACAUCAUCCAAGAAUACUCCGACUUGUCGGGGUACAAGAUCAACCUGACUAAAUCGGAACUCCUCCCGAUACAAAUAGACCCCCCAAGCUUAGCCAUAAUCAAACAAACAUGCCCAAUGAGGAUCUGCCACACAACGAUGACAUACCUCGGGAUCCAUCUCCCAUCAGACGUCACCACCCUAUACGAAACAAACUACACUCCCCUGCUACGAAAGGCCCACUCAGACCUCAUCAAAUGGAGACCCUUAGGAGUCUCGUGGCUGGGGCGCAUCGCCACAAUUAAAAUGAAUCUACUUCCCAGAUUCCUAUACCUCUACCAAACCCUACCCAUACCGAUCAAUAAACAAGACUUCAAGGCACUGCAGUCAGCUAUAGACACAUUUAUAUGGAAUGGACACAAACCCAGAGUGCGCCGAAACACACUAUACGUACCCAAGAAGCAUGGGGGACUAGGACUACCACACUUCACACACUACCACACGGCAGCACACCUAACGCAGAUACAACAAUGGCACGUUCCACCAGGGGAAAAAAGAUGGGUGGACUUGGAACACAACAUCUUCGGUCGGGACCACCCGUCCCUGUACAUGUGGGUACCCAAACCACAUAGACCCCUACCCCCUCCCACCGCACCCUCAAUCACCCAUGCACUUGACACAUGGGACAAAACGAGGGACAAAUUUGAACUGUCAUCGUUCCUAUCUCCUAUGACCCCCAUAUGGAGGAACAAGCUGUUCCCACCAGGACUUACCCCCAAGCACUUCGCCCACUUUGAACACAGGGACAUCUCCCGUCUAGGGCAUUUAUACCAAGACGACGACAUUAUAAAAUUUUCAGAUAUCAAAGACUCACCCUCACUCACAUCAUUCGAUCACUUUAGAUUCAUACAAUUGCGCAGCUUUGCAGCGACUCCAAUCAUAAAGCAAGCAGGCACGGCUCAACUCAAUCGAUUUGAAAGAGACUGCAUUGCGCACCCCAACAGACAGGGACAAAUCUCCGACAUAUAUGCAACCUUGGCGACCCACCACACACAACAGUCUCUCCCAUACAUAGCAGCAUGGGAGGCAGACCUCGGACCCCCAGAUGAAACAACAGAUUGGUCAGACAUCUGGGAAGCCACGGCCUCCAUCUCCAUAUGUGUCACGCACACUGAGCAAGCCUACAAAAUGCUAUUCCAUUGGUACCUCACCCCCCAACGCCUGGCCAUCAUGCACCAAAUACCAGCCAAUACCUGCUGGAAACAAUGCGGAGAAACGGGAACGUUCCUCCACUGUUGGUGGACGUGCCCAAAACUCCAACCACUUUGGCAAGACACCACACGCCUAAUCUCCAAACUAAUAGACAAACCUUGUCCCUUAGACCCUUGGAUGCUCCUACUCUCCAAGCCAAUAGACCAAUACACUAGAGCUGAAAAUAAGCUAUCCGCCCGCAUAGCCCUUGCAACACGUAGAGCCAUAGCAGAAGUUUGGUCAACAAACCGCAUACCGACACAAGAAACAAUCAACAAGAAAAUAAUAGAUGGCAUGCAAAUGGAUAGGCUCACAGCACAAUUAAAUGACUCGCCCAAAAAGUUCCACAAAAUAUGGGACCCAUGGCUGGAGGGAGACACGACCAUUCCGUGGUAACACGAUAGGACACUAACCGCCCCCCUAGCACAGGGACCCCCCAAUCGAGGAUAUCACACACCUUCAAACAAGUACAACCCUCACCCAACCACAUAGCCCCAAACACCAACCUAGGACCCCCAAGAGGGGCCCGCACGCGGGGUGGCUCGCGGACCGCGAAUCCUCCCCCACAUGCCCACACCGCCCUAUCCCACAACCCUUAUCCUAAACCACUCCUCGACUCGGACAAGGCUGCACCCACACAUACCGAGACAGGACUCAAAGAGUCGACGAGCGACAAAACCCAUCCCUUAAGAACGCAGAAACGGCAGAGAACUUAAACAAGCGUUCAAUGACGAUACAAUGUUGAUACGAAUGUAAGCUAGUUUCAAUAUGCAACAGUACCCUGCGUUGGUACCGACAUUAAAUUUGAAAGUACUAUUAUGUCUUGAACCACCCCCACCCACCCCUCCUUUUAUUUUCUGUACCCCACUCCCCUCCCUCCUACUUUCAAGGAGAAAAACCUACAAAUAAAGAAUUAAAAAAAAAAAAAUAUAUAUAUUUUACAGCUUUUAUUUACACAUGUAAGAGUGUGUGUGUGUGUGUGUGUUUAAUGAUACUGUAGCUUUCCUUUUUCUAGGGAUAGUUAUGCAAAAUGUUUAUUGCACAGCUCUAAUAAAACCAUAAUAAAACCAGGUAAAGUAGUAAUUUCCAAGGGGUGAUGAUCAGCUCCUUUGAGCAUGUUGCCACGAUAAAAAAAAAUAAAAAAAAUUAGAUGUAUGGACCCUUGUGAAUAUUUGAGAAGCUACUGAAAUGUGACUAUUAUAAUAAAUCUAGCUAAUAGUGCAGGUUCCAUGAUGACAUUACAUGUAAUAACGAUGCAGUUAAGCUACAUACUAGUUUGCUGGGAUCAACAACAUACUGGAGGAAGAUUUAUGGUCUAUCGCUGAUUUGAACUUUAUUUACAGGUCCUACUGCCCGGAACAUCCCGUUACCGGCUCCGGUUGCCGUGGUUACCUCAGGAUCACGCAGAGCACUUCCGGGUUCCGUCUGCUGCCUGGAUGGAAGGCUGUACUUCCGGGUAGAGGUGCACAGCCUGUUAGUGACGUCACAUGAUUCUAAUUUGUUUACAUGGAAUGCUCAUGCAGUUUGUGCUUAGCUAAGCUUUGCGUUCUAGCUUCUUCUGUGAAUUACAUUUUCUAUGACAGGUUGCGUGCUGAGUAAGAGUAGUACAGUCAAGUACUGGAGUGCCACAGCUACGACUGUUAUGAGAUGCAGACAAAGAAGUUAAACUUAAGUAAAUCAGAGGAGAGUAUUAGGUUCAUCUGUUAGUAUGAGGGUUCACCCAAAUAAAAAACAACCAGACUAAUAUAAGGAGAUAUAUGAUGCAAAUCAGUGGAACACCACUCCCGCCAGUGGUCAACAAAUAAAUCACAUAUAAAGCCACAGCAGCACACACAAGUAAAUGCUCUGCCUGGUGGUGAACAUCCCUCAUAGAGGUGGAGGGCCAGUGCAAGGAUUUUUGGGUACACAAGCAAAGAUGAUUUUGGUUUCCCCCCCAACCAUCCAAAAGCAUCUUGACCUGUGUUUCUUAUCCCCUUUUUUAAAUAAGGUAUCCCCUUUAGUGUACCUUAUCCCCUAUUUUUCCCCAUUGUGUGUCUUACACCUCCCUUGUGUAUGUCUUACAACCCCCCCCCCCCUUGUGUUUCUCUUUCACAACCAGCCCGUCUAUUUCCCCCCAGCCCCUCUGUGUCUCUUUUUUCUCUUCUCCAGCCCCUUUGUAUUUCCAGGCCCUUCUGUGUGGCACUUUUAUCCCCAGCCCCUCUGUGAACUUUCUCACCCCAGGCCCAUAUGUGUGUUUUCUCCCCAUAGAGGCCCUCUGUGUUCCUCUCUCCUCCGUCCCAUAGUGUUUCUCCCCCCUCCGUCCCAUAGUGUUCCUCCCCCUUCCCUCCCAUAGUGUUCCUUCCCCCUCCGAUCCAUAGUGUUCUUUCCCCCCGCCCUGUCCCAUAGUUGUCACGCCGUCCGCCAGGACCGCUCCUGUCAGAGAGCGACGUGGGUCCCAGCAGGCGCGCAUCGUUGUGGCUGCAUUCCCACACACUAAGGGGAAUGCCGUCGAUCUCCUACCUUUCAGGUCUCCGCCCAUCGGGUCCGCUCAUACACGGCGGGCACAUCUCGGUCCGGUGGCAUUCCCACACACUAAGGGGAAUGCUGCCCAUCACUCACCCCUUGUGGUGGCUCCUCCUCUUCUCACAGUGGUUGGCUCUCUAAACAUUAGAGACGCCAGCCGCUGCAACUGAUAAGCAUAUAAGGGUUUCCAUGUUUAACCCUUAAAGGGUAAGUUCAGUAAAUUUCAUGAACGUGUUUCACAUACACGCCCAUGAUCACAUGCUUCCCUGCAGCCAAUCAGGAAGAACUUUAGACUAUAUGAGCCUGUUUUGUCCAUUUCUCUGUGCCCUGUCGUGGUUUCCAUAUUGGUUAUAUGAGACCGCAUUCCUUGUAUUGAUUCUUGUGUAUUUGACCUUGGCUUGCCUUCUGACUUUUCCGAUCUCUGUAUUCCUUGACCUUUGGCUUGGCUCCUGACUAUUCUGAUUUCUCCAUUCCUUGACCCGUGGCUUGUUAAUCGUUUAUGUUAUUUCUACGUCUUGUCUUUACCCUGUCUUGUGGUUGAUUGCCUUUAUACGUUAAAUCCGGCCAUUCUAAGGCCCGGUAAUAUGUCUUAGGUGUUUUCUUAUUUUUUACUUAAGUUCUGCGUGUUGGGCAUCUACAGUAAUCCUGACAAUAGGGUUCUUCCCCCUGUCCCAUAGUGUUCUCUCCCUUUCCCCUGUCCCAUAGUGUUCUCUCCCUUUCCCCUGUCCCAUAGUGUUCUCUCCCUUUCCCCUGUCCCAUAGUGUUCUCUCCCUUUCCCCUGUCCCAUAGUGUUCUUUCCCCCAGUCUUAUAGUGUUCUUUCCCCACAUCCCACAGUGUUCUUUCCCCACAUCCCACAGUGUUCUUUCCCCAUCCCACAGUGUUCUUUCCCCAUCCCAUAGUGUUCUUUCCCCCGUCCCAUAGUGUUCUUUCCCCCGUCCCAUAGUGUUCUUUCCCCCGUCCCAUAGUGUUCUUUCCCCUGUCCCAUAGUGUUCUUUCCCUGUCCCAUAGUGUUUCUUUCCCGUCCAUAGUCUUUUCCCCGUCCCAUAGUCUUCUCCCUCCCCUGUCCCAUAGUCUUCUUCUUCCCUCCCAUAGUCUUCUUUCCCCUCCCUGUCCCAUAGUGUUCUUUCCCUUCCUGUCCCAUAGUGAUCUUUCCUCCCCUGUCCCAUAGUGUUCUUUCCCCUCCCUGUCCCAUUGUGUUCUCUCCCCUGUGUUUCCCCUGUCCCAUUGUGUCUUCUCCCCCGUCCCAUAGUGUUCUCCCCUGUCCCAUAGUGUUCUCUCCCCUGUCCCAUAGUGUUCUCUCCCCUGUCCCAUAGUGUUCUCCCCCGUCCCAUAGUGUUCCCUGUGUUCUUUCCCUGUCCCAUAGUGUUCUCUCCCCUGUCCCAUAGUGUUCCCCUGUCCAUAGUGUUCUCUCCCCCUGUGUGUUCUCCUCCCCUGUCCCAUAGUGUUCUUUCCUCCCUGUCCCAUAGUGUUCUUUCCCCUGUCCCAUAGUGUUCUCUCCCCCUGUCCCAUAGUGUUCUCUCCCCCUCCCCCUGUCCCAUAGUGUUUUCUCCCCUUCUCUGUCCCAUAGUGUUCUUUCCCCCCUCCCCUGUCCCAUAGUGUUCUUCCAUCCACCCCCGUCCCAUAGUGUUCCUCACCACCCCACCCCCAUCCCUUAGUGCCACUCUGUCUCCCCCCCUUGGUCUCUGAUAAGUCUCCUACCUUUAUUGUAGCGUGGCUGAGCGGAGCAGACCGCGGUGCAGGAACUUCAAUGAGUACUACCUUUCAGUCCAGUCGGGUACAGGACACAUACGUUCCUGUACCGCGGUGCGCGCUGCUCCGCUCGGCCAGGCUACAUAGAGUGACUGCUAGGACGAAUUGCUGUGUGCCCACCUCCUGCCGGUCACUCUGAUCUAGCACCUCACAGGUGUGCCGCCUUAUGGACGCACCAACCCUGUAGAGGUGCAUUGAUGCAGUGUAUCUCUAUGAGGAGAUGCUGAUUGGUACAGCGUGCCGUUUUGUCACGCAUGCACGAUAGCCUCUCAAUGAUCUCUUAUGGCAAAGCAUUGGAUUAGUUAGAACCCUUACUCAUGGUACCUAGAGGGGUAUCAGCAUCACCUCGAAACGAUUGUCUGGGGUUACUGUAUCUCUCCUGCAGAGAGGAUACGAACUGCUCUUUUGGGUGGGAUUAGUUUGUUAUUGAAAUUGUCCUGGUUCAUUUUGUAAUGACCUAGAGCCAGCUUGAGAUCUGAGUGGGGACCCACCGAAGGGCAGGCUACGUGAGCUGUUGUCCGUUCUCAGUAUUCUCUUGCUCUCUAUUCAGUGAUGUCAUAGGGGGAAGCUAUACUGCCAGGCUGAACAAGUUUUUUUAAUUAUGUGCAUGCUGUACAGGUAGAAGUGAGCCUAUAUAUCUACACACAUUUAUGCUUGUUUUUAUACUUGCUACAGUACAUAAUGAGCUAUCCUUCCUUUACUUUAUGUUCUGCUCAUAAAAAAAAAAAAAAUCCUUCAUCAGAUAUAAAUGUCUCCUCAAAAUCAUAGUUAUUUUGAGUUGGUUAAUGUUUUUGUGGGUUUGUGGCUAGAAGGACUACCAUAGAGAUUUGGUGUGUCAGCUUCAAUGAUCACAGGUUGAAGGCAAGCUAGGAGAUCUGAGGAUCUUGCAAACCAGCUUUCGUAAUAAGUGGCCUGACCUCUUUGCCAUUCACCCCACUGGAAGUUUAGCUUGACUGUUUUUCUCCUACCUCACUGGAGAGCAUGUACCUGCACUUGGCAGCAGUGUGUAACAGAUAAUGGUAAUAGUGUUAACAUCAUAUUACAAAGUACUCUGCUGUCACCUGCUGGAACUUCAGUGAUGAAGCAGCUUGCAUGAAGAUAAGCUCAAGCAAGUAACCUACACCCAUCGGGUUAUUCGCUGAAGAGAGCAUUGCUGGGAAUUCAAAAUUAAUUUUAAAUUUAAAGGAACACUAUGUAAUUAGAAUAAAAACAUGUAUUCCUACUGCUAUAGUGUUUGACCAUUUAGUUAACCCCCCUUUAGUUAACCCCCAAUUGAUUCUUAAAAUUAAACCUAGUUAAAGGGUUCAAAUGUACCUGUAAACGCAUUCGGCAAAGUUACUGGUGCUCCUUUCCACAACUCCAAUAUUGUCACAGCCACCCUCGAAGAGAAACAUUUGAUUGGACAUGUAUGUGUAUAUGUGUAUUGUAUGUGGUAGGAGGUGGUGAGGGGAAAGUGGGUGAGAGGGAGGGAAUGGAAAAGGAAGUGAUAUUUAAAGAAUAAUGGGAUAGGAGACGGGAAUUGCAGGAAGGGGUUACAAGAAAAAGGGAGGGAGGGCACAAAAAGCUCUCUCUUGCAAUACUUGCCUGCGAUCCCUGCCUAACUAUCCCCUUAAUAUCCAUGUGAAAAAGCAGAAUAUUGACCAGAGCAUAACACUGCCUCAGUUGGCUUGUCUUCUUCCCAUAGUGCAUCCUGCAGCCAAGGUAAAUAGGUACACUCACCUGGCCAUCCACCUGAUUUAAAGGAAAACAUUAUUCAUCAUAGCAGGCAAUCAUUUUCUAUUUUUCCAGUUUGGAUGAUCUAGUCCCCAUUUAAGGUGCUUUUGGUAGUGGACAUGGGUCAACAUUGGCACUCUGACUGGUAUGUGGCUAUGCAGACCCAUACGCAACAAACGGCGAUGCUCUAUGUGUUCUGACAACUUUCAAUCAUGUCAGCAUUUACUUAGAGGUGCACUCCAAGCACCAUAUCUAACUUUACUCCUUGCCUUGUAAUGAGCUCUUCUUGUCUUAGUACCAUAAUUCUCCUAACUCUAAACUCAAUUCUCCUCAACCUAUAAUUAGUUAUUACCCUGACUAUUUUUCUCUGCUAAUCAUAAUUUUCAAAUCUGAAACUUGGAAGUGGGUUGCUGUGUAACCUUGCUUAGACCUGCUUUCAUAUGAUUUAGAGCAGGGGUAGUCAACCUUUUUCUACCUACCGCCCACUAAUGCAUCUUUCUUGAUGGAAACAUUUCCUUACCGCCCACCAGUUUUUGCGCAAGUGCAGAAUAUUUUUAGAAAGGAGGAUGUUUAAAAAAAAAAAAAUGUACGUACAUUUAUUUUUUUAUUUUUACUUUAUGCAUGUUUAUAAUGUUUUUAACUUUAUAAAGUUUAAUGAGAAAACAAUAAAGUAAACUGAAAUUACCUUUACUAGUGAUUAAUGAGAUCCUUGAGGUUGAUGCUGCGAGACUAAAUAUUUGAUAUCUGGUUCGAUUUUCGUAAGGAACAAACAAAGGUCUCCUCUUUCGGUUAUAUUCAGACGACUUCUCUGUUUGCUCAUAAUAUGAUUUCUCAUCUGUGCGUUAGCUCCCCUCCUCUCCCUCCUCAAUUCCCUUCCCCACUUUUUUUUUUCCCUUUUUUUCUAUUUUUUAUAGCAAGGCCCAGUAGGAAGGCUGAGCUAGGUAGCCCACUUACUAUUGCUUACUAUAGACCACCAUAACAGACAGGCACACAUACAUACAAACACACACACAAGACACACAUACCCACAUAAAGACUGACACACACACAUGACACACAUACAAAGACACAUACAGACAGGCACACAGACAGGCAUACAUAUACACACACACACACAAGACACACAUACAUUCAAACAUACAGGCACACAGACAUGCACACAUACAUACAGACACACACACACACACAUAAGACAUACAUACAAAGACACAUACAUAUACACAUACAGACAAACACAAGACACACAUACAUACAAAGACACAUACACACACAACACAUACAUACAAAGACAAGACACACAUAUAUACAGACACACACACAAGACAUACAUACAAAGACACACAUACAAAGACACAAACACACAUACAUACAGAUAGACACACACAAGACAUACAUACAAAGACACAUACACACAAACACACACAAAAUAUUUUAGUCACCCUCCUGUUUCCUACCUUUUAGGUGCAGGAGGGUGACUUUCCCUGGGGUCCAGUGGUGGCUCAGGUGGAUGGGAGUCAGAGUUCUCACUCUGACUCCCUCUGCUUCCUCCCGCGCGAUGUGUGUUAGCUGGGAGGAGUGACGUGCAGUCACUUCCUCCCAGCUCUGUGAUGUAAUCACAGGGGGCCCGGUCGCGCUGUUAAAGCGCCCAGCGCUGGCCGGGCCCCCUUACAAUCCAUAACCAUUGGGUGGCCCUGACAGCAUGGGCCACCCGAUGAACUCCUUGGACGGCGUCCCCAGCGGUUUGCCGCGCGGGCCGGGGCUGCAAAUGGUGAUGGCGGGUACCCAGUUGCAGGGGUAGCGCCGGCUCGCACCCUGCCGCCCGCCCAAUCUCUCGAAAUGAGGAAAUCCCUACCGCCCACCUGGAAUCCUGAAACACCCACUAGUGGGCGGUAGGGACCAGGUUGACGACCCAUGAUUUAGAGAAAAUGAUUUUGUAGAAGGGAAAUUAACGCUUACAGGGUAAUUCUGUAGUCGGAUAAUUUUUAAGGCUGGGGAAGAAAUAUUUUCAAGUUAAAAAAAACAAUCCAACCCCCCUAACAACUUCAGCUUAUUGAAGUUUUUUGAGGAGCAGGAAAGUCAACAUGACACUCCAAUGUUUUAACUCUGAAGUUGCUCCUUCCCUGCAAGAAGAUUUGCCUCGUCACUUCCUUCCGCUGCAGUAUUAGAGUCAAUUAACACUCCCAUUGAGAGAAAUAUUAAGUACUUAUUACUAUAAUUGCUCUCUAAAGAGAUGGCACCUAAACUCUCUACAUCCAAUACAAUGCACUGUAGUGGUCAUGGUGCUCAGUGUCCCUUUAACUGCAAUACAAUGAUGCAGUAGGUAUAAUAGGUAAGUAUUUGUAAAUAAUUUUUCUUUCCUUUAAUCUUCUGAAUUAUCACUUAAUAAAAAUGCUGUUAAAUCUUUAUGUCUAAGUGGUAUGGGUGGUAUAUUGAGAUGCAAAACUUGGGGCAAUCUAAGGGGACAUAGUAGUACCCUGUUGCACUUUAACUUUUGCUUUGAAAAACCCACUGACCACAAUUAACUGAACAGCGUGCUUAGUCAUAAAGCAAAAUUUGUUCUUAAACCUGUUUGACCAGAAUCAGUGUGUGGGCUGAUAAUGGCAAAAAAACCUUUAUUCUCAGAAACAUUUGGCAGCUAUUUUUGAACAGUUAAAGGUAAGGAAUUGCAUGCAUGUACUUACGCAUGUUUUAGUUCUUUAUGAAUCUAGUUAAUAAAAUUAGCUCUGAAACCGGAUGGACGAAUAUCAUAUUUCAGCAAAUUUAUCUACUGACAGAAUUUCAGGAUGAGAAUUAUAUAACAGAUUAGUGGCUAGUCAUCCAUUAAGUCUUGCAUCCAUAAAAUAAAUAUUCUUUAUUGAAAGUAACUGAAGUAUGCUAUUUGUCCCUAAUGAAAGAGGGAAGAUAGAUGGGAGUGGUUUUAAAAAUACUGAUGAGGACAAGUAAAGAUUAAAAGGACAACUGACAGGAUGACCGGGAAAGUUGAUGUCCCAGUAAUACUAGUCCAUCUGUUCCAUAUAACUGCCAUAACAAGGAAGAACUUGUUCUGCAAUUAAAGUACAUGGUAGGACAAGUCCCAGAAACUAGAAAAUGUCUAACAGUUAUAAGAAUUGGAGGUCAGGUAAGACUCUUACUGAGCUAUUCCCUUUGAUGCGUAACCAGCUAAGAGAUAUGAAGCAAACAUAAAGGGGGAAAAAUUAGACAAGGCAAUCAGAGCAUUUGGCAUCUGGAAGACAUAUGGGCAAUUUAGUUCUCCUUGUCAGAAAGAUAGUUUGUCAAUAUUAUAAAUAUUUAUCUUAAAUGAGUUGAAAAUCAUCAAAUAACACUUGUGCAUGGCACGGAUCUAUCAGAAUGUUACAUUAGAGCAGCGUUUCACAAUUGGUGUUCCAAAAUGGGGGUUCUGCAGCGAUUUGCCCAUUGGGCGGGAGCCAGCAACACUGAAGGAAGUCACCCUCCUGAAGAAAAAAGGUAAAUGAACAGAACGGUGACUGCAAAUAUAAAUAUAUGUGUGUGUAACUGUAUUUCAAUGUGUGUAUAUCUGUGUGUGUGCAUGUGCCAGUUUAUGUAUCUAUGUGCCAUAGUGUGUGUAUGUGUCACUAUGUGUACGUGCUAGUUUGUAUCUGUGUGUCAGUGUGCUCAUGUGUGUCAAUGUAUCUGUCAGUGUGUGUGUGUGUCAAUGUGUGUAUCAUUGUGCCAGUGUGUGUAUCUGUCAGUAUGUGUAUCUCUAUGUCAGUGUAUCUGAGUGUGUGUAUGUGUCAGUGUGUUUAUCUGUGUGCCAAUGUGUGUAUGUGUCACUGUGUGUAUCUGUGUUCGUAAAUCUGUCAGUGCAUCUGUGCUUCAUUGUAUCUGUCAGUGUGUGUCAGUGGGUUAAAAUGUACCAUGUGUGUAUCUGUGUGCGUAUGUGUCAGUGUAUCUGUCAGUGUGUGUGUGUGUAUGCCAAUGUGUGUAUCAUUGUGCCAGUGUGUGUAUAUCUGUGUGCCAAGGUGUGUAUUUCUGUCUGCUAAUUGAAAGGUUUAUGCUACGUUGCAAAUUUAUUUUGUUGGGGUUCCAGAGGAAAAAAUAAUUGGAACCCCUGCAUUAGAGCAACAUGUUUCAAUUAAUUUCAACAGACAUUAACAUGUUUGAUUUCUUAAAGGAACACUAAAUCAUAAGGAAUCAAAACUUGUAUUCCUAACUCUUUUGUAUUCCUGUCCCUAGUAAUAUAGGUUCCCUCCACCCCCAUGUGUCCCAUAACAAAUUUGUGUUUAGUGAAUAGCCCAGGUUCACAAUUUGGUGUUUAGUGAAUUGCUCCUAAGUAUGUUCCUUCUAGGCAGUGAAAGUGUAAGAUUGAGAUGUGAGGCAUGUAUCCCAGUUAGUAAAUAACUGUCAGGCUAUGUGUUGGUAAUGUGUCCUCUGUUGAAGCCAUGUGUAAUUUCAGCAAAAAUCUUCACACUGCUCAUCCACACUGAUGCCGCAGAUCAUUCCAGCAUUAAUUUUAAUGUUGGACACUGCUUUCUUGCAUCCGUUUUUUCUGAUAUUCCCUUGCAUCAUUCUCAGGGCACAUCCUCAGCUGCCUCAUUUCAUUUACACCCACCAUCUACCUUUUGGUUAACAGAAAUGACACUAACCAAUAGCGUUCUCUUCUCUACACCCCUAAGUAUGUUAAUUUAUGUAUAGCCUGUGCCCUGUUGUGCUUCUUGUUGCCCUUAUCUAGUAUUGUGAUUUUGCAUAUAUGACCUGGCUUUGUUUGACUAUUCUGUAUUCCAAGAUCUUGGCUUGCCUUACUGUUCUGUUUUACUUCUGUAAUCCUUGACCUUGGCACAGUGGCAUAGGGCAGGUUGACAGGGGUAAGGCAAUUAUUGCACCUCCCCCCCACAACCCUGUGGAUUGUUAGCACUCACAGAGUUCCUUAACGGGCGCCUAGAUAGUCCUGCUCCUCCUUCCCUACCCACAUUGUCUGCGUGAUGUGAAUGACACUGAUAGUUGCAUUGUAAAAUGUUUAAAGUCCACCUUAUACCUAAAGUAAUGUGAAUAGACUAUACACAUUACCUUAAGUGUGAGAUGGGUUUUUAAAAAUUACUCAAUGCAACUAUCAGUGUCAUUCACAUCACAGAGACAAGGUUGGUAGGGAAGGAGGAGAAAGGUUAGCUAGGCCCCCAUUAACAGCGUUAAUGCCUAUUUAAUAGGCAAUCAUAUAAUGAUUAUUAAUAGCGUGAUUUCCCAUUUGAAGAUAACAGCGGUAUCUUCAAGGGGAAAUCACACUAUUAAUGGGCAUUGUGUAAUUAAUCAAUAAGGAUUACACGAGGACAGUAUGGCAGUAAUUAGCAACAAAAAACCCACUGUAAAAUUUUACGUGGCAACGUUUAUUUGUCCCAUCAUGUUGAAAAACUGUGCAGAAUGUUUGAACAUUGGGAGAUUUUCUGUAUGAGGGGAAGGGCACGCUAUUUUUUUUUAAAUUUAUUAUUACUACUUCCUUUUUUUUUUUUUUUGCGUCCCUACUAUUUUUGCUCCCCAGACAACCGCGCCUCUAGCCCUCCCAACUGCCGUUCCUCCUGCUUGUUUAUCCUGCUUGCAGUUGUGUUUUUGCCCCAUUUGAGCCUCAUGCUAACCACAGCCAUCCUAAGACUGGCAAUCCAUGUCUAUCCAAUAUUUAUCUUUAUAUAGUCUUGCCUUUUUGUGACUAAAUCCUGACAAUCAUUCAGAGAAAGCUAAGUAUUUUCUUUGAACAGGUGCUAAUUAAAGGAUAUUAUGUUGGGAUGGAAGUAUCCGGUUUAAUCCAUGUUAUUUAGUAAGGUACUAUUUGCCGUUUCUGUAGUACUGAGUGUGGCCUUUUUUCAGUAUGUGGAGUUCUAGCCCACCUUACAGGGUACUAUACUUUUUAGACCAGAUAGGUAGCAGCUUGGGUAGUGUAGAAUUUAUCAUUUGUGAUUGCAAUGGGAGUGCAUUGCACACAUUUUCUCAGAUUCAUUCACUAAGCUAGUCAUACCACGAAAAGUUAAAUUUCUACAGUGAUGCUUAACUAACCUUAUGUUAUUUAUUUUUUUACCUUAUUUCCCCCUUAAAUGUCGUUAAAUAACUGGUUUUACUGUUCUCAGACAGAAUCCAAAGGCAGAUGAUAUACUUGUCAAACAAGUGUGGUAACUUCUGGGGCAGGAAUUUCCCUUUUGUGAUGCAGAUGAGUCUACCGAUCUGAAUUUAAAGAGACGCACUACAUUUUUUGAAAAUGGACUGGGAAAAAAAUCCACAGGAUCAAUAUAGCUUACAACCAUAGCCAUUCCAAUAAGCUGUAGAGAUCGUGGUGCCUGGAGUGUGCAUUAUAAAUGUAUUCUUUAUAUAACUUUGAUGCAUGCUGUAGAGUUAGCAAAUGUGACAAAUGUUAAUGUCAAUUGAAAACCAAAUUGCUAAAUUCAGGCUACAAUAGAAAAGCUGUGACUAUAGAUGAGAUGGAAUUUCUCACAUGUAACAUAAUUUACAUGUAUUAUCAGAAAAGCUCAUUGAUUUGAGGUAGAUUUGACAGAACUUCUCAUUCCCAUUGGUUCCUACAACUGAACUAAUUGAAGACCUAUAAAAGGGACUAGAGAACAGAAAUGAAUGCUACCAUAGGACAAUUAUAUCUUUCUUUUCCAUUUUAAAUCACGACUAAUGACGUUGGUUCUUUGUCUACUAAAUGACCACAUAUAAAUAAAAUUCCGAUAAAUGAUAUAAUAGAUUCAGUUACACAAAACAUCAACAUAUUUCAAAAGAAUAAGAAAUAAGAAAGACGUUGCAUAUAGAAAAUAAAAUCCUGGGCUCACUCCCGUAUUUUACAAUCAUCUAUAGAAAAUAUUAAUUUGGAAAACUGGAAAAAUAAAGGUAUUACAAAAAUAAAAUAAAUAGUAGACCAAAAUAAAAUAAAACCUUUUCCCAGACUUGUUUUAGAAUAUAACAUCCCGAAUAAAGACAUUUUUAACUACUUAAGAUUGUGAGGCUUUCUCUCAAAACAUCUGUACAAAGGAAGUUCAGAAAUAAAGAUUUAGAAAUAUUACUGGAACAAGAUAACUAUAAAGGUUUCAUGUCUAAGUGUGCCCAAAUUGUACAUACAAUGUCAUCUAGAACUGAACCUACAGCCAUAAAAAAAGUGGGAACAGGAUCUUAAGAUCAAGAUUGAUCAAUAUGAAUGGGAAAGAUCCAUUGACGUAACAUACAAAUGCAUUCAUUGUAAUAACUUAAGAGAAACCCAAUAUAAGGUACAGAACAGAUAGUACUGGGUACCGUCAAGAACUGAGAAAUUGAAAGAUAGUAGCGGAGAUUCAGAUAUUUACUGUUGGAGAUGCGGAAAAGACAAAGGAAGUAUGAUGCAUAUGUGGCGGAGUUGUCCAUUAAUAAGGAAGCUGUGGAAAAAUGUGUUCACAUUUAUAGAAUAUAUAAGUAAUAAGAAACUAGAAAGAAGCCCAGAACUGGCCCUACUACAUUUAAAGGUGAAUAAUAUCCUUCCUAUAAUUUUACAUAUACUAACUGCGGUAAAACUAAUGAUUGCAAAAAACUGGAAAACAAGAAACAUUCCUAAACUGGAGACAUGAAUCAAACAAAUAAUCUGGCAAUGCAAAAUGGAAAAGGGCUGCCAAAAAAUAGAACAAACAAAGAGAAAGAUCAUCUGGAAAUUAUGGCCAAAAAAAAUAGAAUCCCUCUAGAAGCUUGUGUAAUUACAAUCAGAUAAGGUUAAUACAGAUAUUUCUAUUUGUAACUCUCUCUCAAGGGAUAGUUAGAUUACAUAAUGUGUGUAAAUGUAAUGAACAUUAGUAAUUUAUUGAGUACUUCAUAAGAAAAAUAAAUACUCUAUACUUUAUAAUUCUGAAAGUGAGUUAACAGACAAAGACAACUAAAAUCAUUGAAUGUGACUGCAGAUAAGAACACCCUCACACACACAUCACCCCUCACACACACAUGCUGCACUCUUCACACAUACACCCAACACAUAAUAUGUUCCCCUCACACAUACAAUAUGUCCAAACAUAAAAUAUAAACUCUGAAUCCUCUACACACACACUCUGGGUCCUUUACACACUAGAUCUCCUACACACACACACACACACACACACUGCACCACCUACACAUACUACAUUCCUGACAUACAAACUCUGGAUCCCCCAUGCACACACUACAUUCCUUGUAAGCAAACACAUACAACAUUCUCUAAUCACACACUCUGUACAACCCCUACACACAGUUUGUCACCUAUACUGAACUCCCUUCCCUUCUCCGUAAGAAUUUCACACAGUCUCCACUCAUUCAAAAAAUCAUUGAAAACUCACUUCUUCAAGAAAGCAUAUCAAUUAAACUGUUAGCAGGUUUUCAUCCCCCACUCUCCAUGACUCCUCUACUGCAACUGUCAAAUAUAACCUACUAAGCCCUCAGUGAAUACUUUUCUAACAACCUACUUCGUACCCCUACUUUUACCCUCUGUGUCACUAUACCCCACUCCCUCUAGAAUGUAAGCUCAUUGAGCAGGGCCCUCCACCCCUCUGUUCCUGUACGUCCAGUUGUCUGGUUACAAUUACAUGUCUGUUAGUCCACCCAUUGUACAGCGCUACGGAAUGUGAUGGUGCUAUAUAAAUAAUAAAAUAAUAAUAAAAAUAAUAAUAGUAUACACACACACACACACACACACACACUAUAGCCCAUAUGCACACACUCACUACAUCCCCUAUACACACUAUGCCCCCUAUACACACACACACUCUCUCUCUACAGCCCCUAGCCACUCAUAUUACACCACAAACACGAAUGAAAUCGACCUAUUUACACAAUACCACACCACAAGCAGCUCACUCUACACACACGCAAUCCCACAAGCAGGCUCCAAACACAUGUACCAUAUGCUUUCCUGGCCAUUUUGUCCUCUGGUAUCCCACUUAUGGAGACACCAGAGACAAGUUAAAAGCAAACACAGCGCAAGCAUGUUAUUAAAUUUCCUUGCGCUGUGCCGAACAAAUACAUGGCCUUUUUCCCAUGCUUGAGAUCUUCAGCAGGGCUCUGCGUAUUGAACUAACAUGCUCACUUUGAGAGGGGGCGUGCUGUCAUUAGUCAUGACAAAAUACACCCUCUCUGGCCCCACCCCCUUCUCAGGGGGCCGCUGUGAUUGAAAAAUGCCUGGGCCGAAUUUUUUCCCAGUCCGGCCCUGCUUGGAAGUGUUUAAAAGAGAGUGAUUCCUUUGCAUGUUGCAGUGUCCCCUAUUGAUUCCAUCUUGGGACGCGUGGUGUCAGCCAGGUUGCGCAAGUCAGGCCCGCUGAAGACUGCGUGUAACAGCAGUAUAAAGUGAGGGUGUAUAAGCAGUCAUGUGUCUAGGUGUGAGUAGAGGUGUUCAUGUCGGAUGCGUGUGUAGGCUGCCUGAAAGCGGUCCCUGAAGCCUGGCUUCGUAGUGGUGAUCCAGGUGUUCCCCUCGGUGCCGGGGGGGCAUAAAGGGGUAGCGUAAGGUAGGGUGGUAGAUAAGUCGCCCAGUUCUGCAUUGAAUCAUUGUGAUGGGUGAAUAUCCAGAUUGUACAUAUUUACAUACAUAUUUAUUUGCAGUGAACCCACAUAUCUUCACUUCAGGGAGAACCCUCAAACAUAGGGCAGUCGGCUGUGUGAACACUAGUCCUAUUGGUUCCCUCAUCAGUCAAUGCGUCAUAGUGUGCUAGUGAGUUGGCAUCUUUAGGGCUUAUAUGGGAUGGCUGAGAUGGGAUGCAUAGGUCGUAUUGCUCUCAAAUAUUGUUCACAAAUCUGUUUAACCCCUAAAAGGACCACUCUAGGCACCCAGACCACUUCAGCUUAAUGAAGUGGUCUGAGUGCCAGGUCCAGCUAGGGUUAACCCAUUUUUUUUAUAAACAUAGCAGUUUCAGAGAAACUGCUAUGUUUGUAAAUGGGUUAAUCCUUCCUCCAAAGCCUCUAGUGGCUGUCUCAUUGACAGCCGCUAGAGGCGCUUGUGUGAUUCUCAGUGAGAGCACGCAAGCGUCCAUAGGAAAGCAUUGUAAAUGCUUUCCUAUACGACCGGCUGAAUGCGUGCGCAGCUCUUGCCACGCGUGCGCAUUCUGUCGAAUGGGCGGAGGGGAGGAGGAUCGGGGGGGAGAACUCCCCGCCUGGCGCUGGAAAAAGGUAAGUUUUUACCCCCUUCCUCUCCCCAGAGCCAGGCGGGAGGGGGACUCUGAGGGUGGGGGCACCCUCAGGGCACUAUAGUGCCAGGAAAACGAGUAUGUUUUCCUGGCACUAUAGUGGUCCUUUAAGGACACAUAAGUGUUGCAUUUAUAAUUUUGUUCAGUGUAUGAGAAAAACUCAAUAAAAAAUUUUUUUUCCAAAAGAGGUAGAGGAGUAGCCAUAUAUGGCUAGUUUAUUUACCUAUUUCACAUUUCAUUUUUUGUGAUACCCUGCUAUGUGACUCCUUACCAUAGUACUGUAUACAUUUUAGAGUAUUGUGACUCCCCAUCUGAUACUAUAUAUACCUCUCCAGGUCGCACUGGUUCACAUUCUGUGGACUGAGUGGGUUCUUUAUAUAUUCAGUAGUUCUUAUAGGGUUAAGCCCUGUAGACACUCCUGGAGUGUCUAACUAGUGUACAGGUUGCAGGAAUAUUUUUCCUGGUGCAUGAAAAUUUCUGUUUUUUGUUUGUGUCUGGCUGGUAGCCUCUGAGCUAGAAUGCGGGUCUGAUGACUGUUAUUAGCCCGGUAUAUCGGAGUAAGCUCACAUUGCUGUGUCGAUGUGUAUCCAGCUCGUACAGGUGCUGGCUCCGCCCCAUAGUCUUACCUAAAGUUAUUUUGACACUGUUUACAUAACCAUGUCAUCGCCAAUCUCUGCUAAAUAUUAGAGUAAAAUUGUGUUUUUCCUCUAUUUUAACAUAUACCCAUAUAACAACAUUUUUUUAAUGUGUAUUUCUAAAGCUGGUUUGUGCUAUUCCUGUACAGAACCCAAUAUUGUGUUCAGCUACAUCUGCUGGGUACAAUGAUACCCCCAUUGUAUGCCUUUGGCACUAUUCUGUGAAGCUACAAUGCCAAUAGUGAGACAAGGCUAUUUAAGUUUCCAUAGUUAGAAUUUUCAUAGUUGCAUUUGAUGGGCCUAUGUCUCAUUAUUGGGGAAUUAUAGCAGUUUGACCAUUUUUCACUGACUUAUGUUUGUGAUGAGGAAAAAUUUUUUAAUUUUUUUCAUACAUGUUGCAUUUGUGCUGGGUAUUUGUGAUAUGUGCCACUGUGUCAUAAAAUCCCCCUAAUUAUGCUCAGUUACAUCUUCUGAGUAAAACAAUAUGACCACUAUUGCCUAGACACUUUUUUGUGAAGUUACAGUGCUGUAAAAGAGAUGUGAAAAUUUCAGGUUUUUAAAUGUGAAUUUUCAUAGAUGGUUUAGAUGGGUCCGUGUUCUGUUUUUGAGCAUUUUAGCAGGCUACAUAUCCCAAUUACACCAUAAAGGCAUACCAUUUCUUAAAGAAGACAUCCCAGGAUCUUUCAAAAGGCAUAUUUUGAACAUUAGCGUGGGAUCAUUUUUCCGCUAGUUUGUACCAAGUGUAGUGUAUAUAGGCAUUUGUUCUACCUUUUUGACGCACACAGUGAGCUUUUACUGUAUAUUUUGCAAACCUUAUGUGUUAUACGGCAGUAUAAUACUUCUUAGGUUGCUCAGCUAUGUCAUCUGAGUACAGGAAUACCCAAGUAUGUACUUUUGGGGCACAUUUGAGACAGAGCAAUUCAGUUUUUUUCAAGUUUGAAUUUUUACCCUUGGUCCAUGUCCCAUUUUGGGGAAGUUUAGCAGGUUUGUUAUUCAAACUACCCCACAAACGCAUACCAUUUUUUUAAAGAAUGCACCUUUCAAUGCAUAUUUUAAACCUUAGAGUGGGAUAAUUUUUUUGCUAGUUUGUUUCAGUUGUCAGGGCCGAUCCUAGGGUCACAGACGCCUGGGUGCAACAUUUUUUGGGGUGCCCCCAGGUGGAUGUGGUCAUCAUACAAACCCCUCCCGUCCAAACGUAGAUGCUUCUAGAGUAAUUGGCUGGCAGAUAGACUUACCUUUAUUUACCUUUAUUUAGUGUGGCCAAGUGGAUUGUGGGUAGAGAAUCAUGUGCUUAGCGAGCACUCCCUCACAGAUUGGGUAGAGAAUACAGAAGAUCCUAUACCUGCGGUCCGAUCAUCCAUGCUACAUAUAUUGACAGGCCUGAGGGGAGCCCGACCGUACCAUACGACCAGGGCCGGCCCAAGACAUUGUGCUCCCUGGGUCCAAGAAUCAAGUGCUGCCCCCUCAUCGCAAACACAUACAAGCACAACAAUGUGGUUACACAUAUACAUUGGCACAUUCACACACUCCCAGACAGGGCCUGUGCAAGACUUGUUUGCCACUUGAGACCUAGGUAUAUUUUGCUGCCACUUGCUGAUCCCGUCCAUGGACAUUUUAUAUGUACACAGGCAUUUCAAUCUGCUUUCCCUUACCUUGUUUAACUCCACCGCUUCUGCUCCUCUUAACAUCAUGUUCUCUGCACUUUUUCCCUCUUACUGACCCUUUCCACAGCACCCGAUUGCACUACACUUCCAUGUCUCUCACUCCCUAUUUCCUUCCAUGUCUCUCACUCCCUAUUUCCUUCUAUGUGUCUCUCCCCCCCUUCUUUCAUGUCUCUCUCCCCCUUUCUUCCAUCUUUCACUCCCCUCUUCUUCCAUGUCUCUCACUUUCUCCCCUUUUUCCAUGUCUCUUACUUUCCCCCAUUCUUCCAUCUUUCACUCCCCCUUUCUACCAUGUCUCUCGUUUCCCCCAUUCUUCCAUCUUUCACUCCCCCUUCUUCCAUGUCCCCCACUUUCCCCCCCUUCUUAAGUGUACCUCUCUUCCAUGUAUCCAUAUGUCUCCCUCACAGAGCCCACACCAGCUCUGCGCACACACACUGAUUGCCCCCCUCUCCCUGCUUUAAUUCCUGUCAUGGCAAGGAAGGGUGGCUCAUCGAAAUCCUGCGUGGCGUGCUCUGCAUGUUUCAAAGUGAGCGCCUGGUGGUCACAUGACACCCGGUGCUCCAAAGCAGAUCGCGAGGGGAGGCGCUCUCUGCUGAUUUAGUGCAUGCAGUUCUCUUAUGGAGCCGCACGCUACCCGAGUGUCAGCUUACCACAAAGGAUCACUUCAGAAGCAAUGGGGGUAAGGGCACAGCGCAAGAAGGAGCCCUCAGUGCUGCACAGAAAUAAAAUACAUCACGAGCCUUAUCAGUUAGGUGCAUUGAGGUGCUGUCUGUGCCCCCCUUCUCCCACAAUCACCUUGCACCUGGGGACGGUGCACCUUGUGCACCCGCCCAGGAUUGGGCCUGGCAGGUGUAUUUUUUUAUAUUUUUUAAAACUUUUUUUACUUUUCAAAACUUUUUUUACGCUUUUAAAUUUUUUAUUUUUUUUUUUAUAAACUUUUAUUUACUGUUAACCACUAACUAGCCUAACAGUAAAUUCUCUCAAUUUCCCACUAACUUCCUCUCAACCCAGCUAGCUAAACAUAUAAUUUAAAAAUAUCUAAAAUAUUUAAUUAAAUAAACUGAACCCUUAAAUGUUAAAAUAAAAUAAAAAUUUACCCUCAGGGAUUAAAAAAAAAAAUCAGAUCACAUUUGUAUUUUGAUCACUGCAGUCAGUGAUCAAUUGGUAGGAAAGAGGUUAAUUUUAAUAAAGUAGGGUACGGGGGGAUUUAACGUUCAUCUUACAGAGGGAGAAGAUUUGCAGCACUGAUCCGUCUUUACACUGAACACGGAAGCGCAGAGAAAUGGAUCAGGAGUCCUUGCAGCGUAUGUGCUCGCUCUGACAGCCUGCAGGAACCGUGUGUUCCUCGUCUACUUUGGAUAUCAAGGCAGAAUGGAGUAGCAUUAACCCCACGAUUACUGCGAUCUGGGGUUAACUUUAGUAAAUGACUGAAAAUUUCCAUCAUGCGUCCUUAAUAGUAGGACAAGCAUGACGGAAAACUUCCGUCAAGCAUCACAAAGGGGUUGAGCUAAAGUUGUUUUGGUGACUCUAAUGUCCCUUAAUGUGUAUUUUGAGUCUCUUGAAACUGUUAAUUUAAAAUCAUUCACUUUUAAACACUCCUAGGGGAGCAUGCAUUGUUUACAUACACCCAUGUUCCAUGUUCUCUGUAGUGGCAUGUUACUGUUAGAUAGACAUUCCAAUGCAAUAGGGACAUGGCGUGCUGGGGCGUGAUCAAUAAAGACUCUGGUAACAAGUGGGCGUGGCCUUGCGGCGGUGGUGGGCGGGGCUAUGCGGCGGUGGUGGGUGGGGCUAUGCGGCUGUGAUGGGCGGUGUCUGGCUGCGGCGGAGGUUCAGUACGUGUCGGGGAGUUGAGGGCUCUGAGAGGUGAGAUCACGGAGGGGAGCGGGUGGAGGGCAGGUGUCUGGCGGACUCACUGAGAGCUGGGCAGAAGUGGGAGCGGUAACCAUGUCUCCCAGCCCCCCAGUGAGAUACAGACUAAUAAUGCCGGGGGUCUGCUGGGAUAGAGCUCUGUAUGGGGGAUGAUGGGCAGUGCAGUGGGGGGAUGAUGGGCAGUGCAGUGGGAGGAUGAUGGGCAGUGCAGUGGGGGGGAUGAUGGGCAGUGCAGUGGGGAUGAUGCAGUGCAGUGGGGGGAUGAGCCUAGGAGGCAUGCGGUGGGGGGAUGAUGGGCUGUGCAGUGGGGGGGAUGAUGGGCUGUGCAGUGGGGGAUGAUGGGCUGUGCAGUGGGGGGAUGAUGGGCUGUGCAGUGGGGGGAUGAUGGGCUGUGUGCAGUGGGGGGAUGAUGGGCUGUGCAGUGGGGGGGAUGAUGGGCUGUGCAGUGGGGGGAUGAUGGGCAGUGCAGUGGGGGAUGAUGGGCAGUGCAGUGGGGGGAUGAUGGGCAGUGCAGGUGGGGGGAUGAUGGGCAGUGGGUGGGGGGAUGGGCUGUGUGCAGUGGGGGGAUGAUGGGCUGUGCAGUGGGGGAUGAUGGGCAGUGCAGUGGGGGGGAUGGGCAGUGCAGUGGGGGAGGGAUGAUGGGCUGUGCAGUGGGGAUGAUGGGCUGUGCAGUGGGGGGGAUGGGCUGUGCAGUGGGGAGGGGAUGAUGGGCUGUGCAGUGGGGGGAUGAUGGGCACUGCAGUGGGGGGAUGAUGGGCAGUGCUGCAGUGGGGGAUGAUGGGCUGUGCAGUGGGGGUGUAUGUGAGUUACAGGGGUGCAGGAUGUAAGUGUGUGGGUGGCCGUGUCUGAAGUCAUUGGGGGUCAGCAGUCAGAGGUGAACCAGUAUUAUCUGUGUGUAAGCAGUAAUGCAGGGUGAGGAGCUGGUACUGUUACAUUUAUUGGGGGCUAGGGGUGUAACGGCAGUGGGGGCCUGUGAUCCUUUCAUUGUAAGAGGUAAAAUGACUCGGGCUAGUGGUGUAAGGUAGGUGACUUUAGGUGAAAUGGCAACGGCCUUGGGGUGUGACUUUAGAUUGUUGAAAUAGUGGGGACUAUAGGUGUAAUGGUGGGUGAAAUAUUGUGGACUAGGAUGGCAUUGGCAAUAUGGUAGAGGUGAUGAGGAAAUGCUGGGGCUUGUGAGACUGAUAUAAGGAGCUGUGGUACAUAGAAAUAGCAUUUGAUCUAUGAGGGGGGUAAGUUGCAGGCUGGUUGCUCUGGGAGAAGUGUGAGGUUUUUAAAUGUAUGAUAGUAGUCAGCUGUAUGGAUUACUAGAGCAUAGUAAGACUAGCUGAACAUGGCUCCAAUAUUGAGAAAGGUAAAAAUUAUUGGGGUCAUUUGUAGGAUGUAUAGAAAGAGUAGAUAAAGAUGGGUGAGGUUAUAGAGAUCUACAUGGGGAUGGCUAUGCAAAAUGAUUUCACGUUCGAUCUCUGUGGAAAAAAAAAAAAAGUACAUUCUGCUGGGGGUGCUGAGAGCUCUGUGCACGGUCAUUAAUAUUGGUGCAUGAAUGCACUGCACAAUGGAAUCACUAUUUUGUGGUUCACUGUCAGCUGAUCAAGGAUUAUACAAUGCAAAUUGUCUAUUCCUCUGUAUUUAGAAUGUAAAUUAGGCAAUUCAGAUUGUGAUGCUGGAAUCCAGACAUUUAUAUUUGGCUUGUCCAUUAUAAGGUCUUUUAUGUGUCCAUUUAGAUAUCUGCAGGAAGGGGACACUUUGGUAUGUUUCGUCAGCUUCCUGAACAUAAUAUAAAUCAAACUUUUUCAAGGCGUGCAAUAAACCUCACAAAAGGGCUAAUAAUCACAUUCAAUGCAUUUAGGGCGAGUGGAAAUCUGUUUUAAAUUAGAUAGUAGGUACAUUAUAGAUGCUUACAGUCAGCUGCUUGCCAUUUGCGCAUGUUCUUGCUGUAUCAUCUAUAAAUUGUGUUUUUGUAUUUUUUAUUUUUUUUGGCUGCUUAUACAUGCAAAAUGUACAUUGAAGGGUGCAGGGUGGAUGGGGCCCAGCAUUUAUCCCCAUUACCAGUGCUCCUUAAGUCAUCUAUGCAUUACUCUCUAUUAGAAUGAUGGAGUUUCCUUUGUGCCUGUGGUGUAUUCAUGAGGAUACAUGGGUAUAAUCAGAGACAUUUAGAAUUUAAAUGCAUGUUUGCAGUUCUCUUGAAGUCAUAUGACUGUCCUACUUCAGAUGAAAGCUUGUACUGCGGCAUGUAUUUUUGAGUAGUUAUAUAUUUGUGCCAACGUGUAUACUUCUGCCAGUGUAAUAAGUUUACAGAGGCAAAUUGCCACUGCUCAAAUACACAUUGCCAUCGGUGCAGAACGAUUUUAAGGUCAUUCUUAGACUCUGUAUUUUCAGGAUGUUUGUGUAUGAAUACACUUAUUGCAGUCUGUUUGUGCCAUGUUCAUGGAUACACCAUAGCACAGAUAAGGAUGGUCUGAAAGACUGCGUGUUGGGGAAGUCUAAGAGAUUGGCUUUUGAUAAGCUAUACAACCGCCUUGAGCUUUUCACAACAUUGCCCAAUGUUAAAGUUGUACAUCAAAAGAGAGCAAAACUAACCUUCUUUACAAGUCAAUUGCAUCACCAUGGUAGGGUUGCAAACUAGCUGUAUAACCAGGAAGCAUUGUGCAUCAGCAAAUUCUGUGAUGCUUUGUAUUCACUCUUUAAGAAGAGUAUCAUGGGGAUUGUUGUUUAAACAAAAGACAGUUGAUAUUGACUUACAGAUUUAUACAAUACUUGUUUAUUCAGUUAAUCCAAUCACAACUAUUCACCAGUUUUUACCAAGCUAUCUAUGACAGUAUAAUUUUGAUAUUUACCUUUUUUUAAAGUUUUUUAUUUUUAACAUCACAUUUGCUUAGUGAUAGAAACAGAUCAGUAGAUAUUGUCAGCCAUUGAUGGUACAGCUGGCUUCAUGAGUAAAUCUAUCUAUCUCACAUGUGAACCUCCUAUAAAUCUAUUUAUUUGGUUUGUCAACAAAAUUCAGAGCUAGAGUCUUGUAAAGUAUUUCUACCAUUUCCCCCUGAAAAUAAGACAUUUUCAGGGGAUGCUCAUUUUAUUAUUCAUAUUAUAAAAGUCUUUAGGGUGAGCAUCAGAGAUAGGAGUAUUAACAGAGGUUAGACGUAGGUCUCCGGCAGAGCGUAGGGGCCUACCCGGGACACAUUUGUGUAUUAGUGAGGAUAAGUAGGUUGGAGCAGCAUUAUGUAGAGAUUUGUAAGCAAGUAUCAGGCUCUUAAAUGGAGUCCUAUAUCUUACAGGAAGCCAAUGUAGGGACUGAAGAAGGGGGAGAAGGCAUGAGAGGUGUAGGCAGACAGUAGGUUGAGCCUUGCCGUCCCAUUCAUUAUAGACUGUCUGACUAGAAGGUCUCUGUGCUGCCUCUCUUAUUAAUGCCCUCCUUGCCUGGUCUGUGAGUUUUGGUGGGCGGUCGUCUCUUGGCAGGUUUGCUGUUGUCAUGUUCUUUCCAUUUGGUUAUGAUAGAUUUAGAUAUUUUAUAACCUAACUCUGACUUGUACUUCUCAACAACAUUGUCCCUUGCUUGUUUGGAGAGUUCCUUGGUCUUCAUGGCAGGGUUUGGUUAGUGGUGCCUCUUGCUUAGGUGUUGCAGCCUCUGGGGCCUUUCAAAAAAGGUGUGUAUAUAUAAUGACGAUUAUGUGACACUUAGAUUGCACACAGGUGGACAUCAUAUCCCUAAUUAUGUGACUUCUGAAGGUAUUGGUUGGACCAGAGCUUUUUAUGGGCUUCAUAACAAAGGAGGUGAAUACAUACGCACAUGCCAAUUUUCUGUUUUCUAUUUCUAAAAAAUAGUUUUAUGUUUAUAUGUUUCUCAUUUUACUUCAUCAACUUAGACUAUUGUGUUCUUAUCCAUCACAAAAAAAAAUCAGAUUAAUAAAACACUGAAUUUAAGGCUGUAAUGUAACAAAAUAGGUAAAUAGUCAAGGGGGUGAAUACUUUUGCAAGGCACUGUAGGUCUUUGCCCAGAAUAGUACCUGUUUUGCCUUGGUAAAUCUCUUGCAUUGUUUUAAAAAAAAUGUCAGGUUUAGUAAUGUGUCUCUGGUUAGCAAGCUUUCUAAGAAACUUGUCUUGUCUCACUAUAUUUUUAUUUUAUGACAUCUUAUCCUCAAUGAUAUUUAAGGCAGCUCUGUCACCCCACACAAACAAUAUGCGUAUUUUAUAAAAAUUAAAUCUUUAUGAAAUACUCAGAAAGGAUGUGUUGGAAUUUCACUAAAAUUCCAAAGCAGUCAAAAGAUACCAUAAGAACAACUAAGGACUGAUUGUCUUAUAUACUUAUGUAUUUUUCCUACACUUAACAAAGCAUGACUAAAAAGCAGAGCUACCACUAUCAUGCUCUGUCAGGCCCCUGGCUAUGACUAAUAAUCUUGUGGAAUCCUCCAUGGACUUCAGCAUUGUACUUUCCUAACACGCGCAAGAGUACAGCACUGACUUCAGCUGGAAGAGGAUGUACCAGAUUGGACAGGUUUUGUCCAUUACAGUAAGAUUAUAAAGUAUGUUUACAAAAUGGUCUAAAAUAUCCCUUGCUGAAGAAACUGGUAUUAAAACCAUUGGUUUGCUGGAGUGAUUAUGGUGCCAAGAGUGCAUUGCUGCCCCGCCCUAAAACAACUGAACUGUUUUAGAAUGGUUUGACUUCUUACCUGGGAUCUGCCAUAUACUGCUUCCUGCGUCCUCUCUGCUGGGAGCACUCAACCAGUGAACACCUGAUGCUCUCAGUCAGUGAGGUGGCCCAGCAAUGCAAAGCAUAGCUUUGGGAAGUUAACCGAAGCUUCCAGCAGUAGUUUCCGGUUGAAGUAAGAGCGGCGCCCUGCAAGAAGUCCAAAAAAAAGUCAAGCAAGAAGUCAAACCACACUAACAGUUUGAAUACUUGUAUAUGGGGUGGCACCAGGGCACUCUCUGGCACCAUAAUCACUACAGAGUGCUAUAGUUAUGGUACUUGAUGUAUUCCUUUAACAUAAACCAGCAAACAGACCAAAAAAAAAAAAAUCUUUGGUGUUGCUGCCGAGCCCUCCAGUAUGAUCUCACGCUUACUUAUAGAAUGAGUUACUGUGCUACAUUAUACAGAAAAGGGAUAGGGGGCACUCCCAAGACCUGCAUUUUGUAUGAAAGGUGCUGCCGCAGUGACCAAACUUCAUACAUAAAACAAUAAAUAGUUGCAGCGCACUCAGACUACAAAACAAUAUAUAAUACAAAGAAGGCUACUAAAAUGCCUAUCUAAGAAUAAAUAUGGGGAUUUAGUUCCACCAUAUGGCCAUAUGUUGUUAAGCCCACCACUACUUUCAAAGUACCCCAAUAUUGGUGGGUCCUACGCUAAAAAUGUGGGGGAACAAAUUAAAUAGUACUAGUGUUGAAAAUUACAAGUGUAAUUGUUUUAUUUACUGUGCUACAUUAUGUCUAAAUCCUAUAAAUAACAAUAGUGCAGGUGUUCUAUAUGGUACUUUUAGAGAACCAGUGGUUCUCUAGACCAAAAUGGAAUCCUGCUUAUCGCGUUAACUGAAAAUCUAACCAAUUAGAAUGUUCAGCACCACAACAGGGGGUGCAGAGGCAUGAUUGUUAUAAGGGAACAGAACAUCAUUAGUGGUUUUUUUUUGGUUUUUUUUUUGCAUAGGCUUUCAUGGUCGUAAGGUGGUUUAACAAUUGUAUUUUUUCCUGUACACCUACUUGCAGUGAUUGUAUUUUGCAGGAGAAACACCUGAUCCUUUUAUGUGUGAUUUGACUCCAGUUACUUGGAUCAUUUAUUUGUUCUGCAGUACAAAGAAUGCUUAAAUUGCUGAAAGUCUUGUGUUUCCUAUUUAUAAAUGCUUUUUACUGGCGAUAUCAUCGUUGUAAUACAUUUUACUGUUUUGAAACACUAAUAUUUGUGUUCAGCGACGUCUUCCAAGUAGAACAGUACCCCCCAUGUAGAGGUUUUAUGGUGUCUUGGAAAGUUAUAGGGUUAAAUAUAGUGCUAGCAAAUUAAAUUCCCUUUACUUUUGGCAUGGGUUGUCAGGCAGGUCCUGCUAAUUGUAAUUAAGAUACCUAAUUAUGUAAAAAUAUUACAUAUAUUGUAUGUGAAUGUGUAUGUAUAUAUAUAUUUUUUUUUAAUUUUUUUUAUAUAUAUAGGUAUAGUGAUAUAUACGUAUAUAUUUAUGUAUAUAGAUAUAUAUUAUUUCGUUCUACGUGUAUUUUGAUAUAUAUAUAUAUAUAUCACAAUACAGUUAGAACGAAAUAACACACAUCUAUAUAUUUUUUAAUUAUUUAUUUUUAAUUUUUUUUUUUAAUUUAACGUAUUUACAUAUUUAUUUUUUAUAAUAUAUAUAUAUAUAUAUAUAUUAGUAAAAUACACCUAGACAGUGUAUGUGUAUGUAUAUACUUAGAUUAUAUAUAAUUUUUUUUUUUUUUUACACUUUUUAACUUAUUUUAAUUUUAUUUGAUUUUAUUUCCAGCCAGCAGGGGGACUACCUGUCAUUACAGGCAGCCCCCCUGCUGGCAAUGCAGGAGGCAGCUAUCCCGGCCUUGUGAUUGUGAGGUCCUCGCAAGAACCUCAUUCUCACAUGGCCUGGGGGGGGGAGAUCUGCUGUGGGGGGGGGGCUUCCUGGGAGUCCCCCCACCCGCGAUCGCCGGCGACUGGGUAAGUAAAGUAAGACCGGAGGGCAUACUAUUAUGCCCGGCGGCGUUUAGAGCUGCCUAAAAUAGGGCAUAAUAGUACGCCCUCCGGUCUUAAGGGGUUAAAGGACCACUAUAGUGCCAGGAAAACAUACUCGUUUUCCUGGCACUAUAGUGCCAAUUGCCCCCACCCUCAGGGUCCCCCUCCCGCCCGCUCUGGAAGGGAAGGGGUAAAAACUUACCUUUUUCCAGCUGGGCGGGGAGCUCUCCUCCUCUCUCCGCCUCCGUUCCCCCGCCCGACUGAUGCGCCGCAGCGGCGGAGCUGCGCGCGCAUUCAGCCGGUCUCAUAGGAAAGCAUUUACAAUGCUUUCCUAUGGACGUGCUCUCACUGUGAAAAUCACAGUGAGAAGCACGCAAGCGCCUCUAGUGGCUGUCAAUGAGACAGCCACUAGAGGAUUAGGGGGAAGGCUUAACCCAUUCAUAAUUAUAGCAGUUUCUCUGAAACUGCUAUAAUUAUGAAAAAAUGGGUUAACCCUAGAAGGACCUGGCACCCAGACCACUUCAUUAAGCUGAAGUGGUCUGGGUGCCUAGAGUGGUCCUUUAAAACAUACAGUUAUAGUUUUGCCUAUAGCAGUUGUUCAAAAGGCCCUGUCUAUGACAUCAUUUGCUGCUCCAGCCUGGCACAAGUCAGAGUAUUUUGGCGGUUUCCAUCUUCAAAUGGUCGUAUUUUAAAAACUAUAAAUCCUACAGUGAAGAGCUUUACAUUGUGAGAAUCACAAGACCCAGACCUACAUUUUGAUGCAUAGUAUGUCUCUGAAAUAUUAACAAUGAAGGCACAGUCGCAGUUUAGAAAUUGCCCUUCAAAUUUGAACUGGCUAGAGUGGAGUUUCAUUGAAUGUCAAUGGACGGCGUGAGUUGCAAACAAAUGGGACAUUUUUAGUGGCAGCAGGGAUAGCUGAACGUUUUGAUAUAAGAUUUGUGUAGGUGGGCCUGAAAAUGAGGGAGUUGUGGCAGUUUAGAAAUCAUGUCCUGAUUUUUCAGCUUUUGCCAGCUCCCACUAUAGUUUUGAACAUUUUGCCAUUCAAUUUCGCCACAAGAACGACGAUAUUCUGUGAACCAUUUGGCGAAACGUUCCACAAAGUAAUAGCACACAACAAUCCGCACGUUUCAGUAUAUUUCUGGAGGAGUUAGGGUGGUAAAUUUGGCUGUAAUAAUAAAAUGUUAUCUCAUAUAUAUAUAUAUAUGUGUGUGUGGUCUUGCUAUGCAAGGUGUUACAAAGACAAGGCUGACAAAUGAGCAGACUUCAGUUUUAGACCACUGGUAAUAAUUAUCUGCAGGAAUCAAGCAGUCAAACUCUGCAACAAUAAACUAGACAGUACUCCACUUUGUGCCCAGCAGCCCAAGAGUGAACUGGAAACUAGUUAUACUUCCCUGAACUUUGCUUUGCGGGUGCUGCCAUCUUCUUUUUUUCUUCUCCUGGCACUUCUUCACCAGCACGUCAUUGUUGUACUGCCACUCAUGCGAUAGAGGACUAUUGAGGAUCCCACAAGACUGCAAAAUCCUCCAAAGACCAACCACCCAGUGAUCAUGAAGAUUCUGCUUUCCCACAAAAUGUGACUGCAUAAACUCUGCCUUCUCUAGACUUCAGGAUUGGGAAUACAGUAAAUCAAAGUAGUCUCAAUAGUCCCAUAUUUUUUGACUGUGUUGUAGAUCAGUGAAAUUCCACCACAGCCAAGUUUUUUACAAAGAUUUCAUCUUAAAGGGACACUCUAGACACCAUGAUACUUUAGCUCAGUAAAGUGAUUUUGGUGUAUAGAUCAUUCCUCUGCAUUUUCACUACUGGUAUUUAGGAGUUAAAUGACCACUCUGUGUACCAUAACUUAUUUAAAAUAAAUUUUAUGGUGCUAGGAGGUCCUGGGAACCAUCUUACCUUAAGGGGUUAAACUUUUAACGAAAGGUUUAAACACAGUCUGAAAGACAUCUGAUCGCCCCAUCCCUCCAUUUUCUCUAAAAGUCUGAAACAAGACAACAAUUCAGAAGCCUCAAACUGUGAGCUGCUAAGUAAAAAAAAUUAUGUACCUUUUUCAGUGCAUAUGUCAGUCAGCCUGGUGUGUUUACAUAGCCGGCAAGUCAAGGGGAGGAGGAAUUUUGAUAAUCAGAGAGGGAAGGUGAAUUGUUCUUUUAGACAUAUUUUUCAGGUAGCAUUAAAUUUUUUUUUUUUUUUGCAGGACUUGCAGUCUUCUGAUAGUGUAAGACUUUCUAGUUUUGUCAGGUUAUUAAUUUAUUUUCAACUUGGCGUGCAUUGGCACACCCUUUUCACUGAAAGGUUCUUUGUCAAGGCUCAGGGAUGAAGGGAAGACCGAGCCACACCAUGUAGCGGAGUAACCAGGGCUUCAUAGUCUUGCCACUCAGGUCUUUCUCGACCUUAGUAACAACCCACAUGGGCCCAGAGGGAUGAUGUAUAUUACCUUGCUUUCAUAGUCAGCUGUUCUUUUGUAGAGAGGGAUGAAGGAAUUUAAAUUUUUACAUGACUGAAAUUGCUGUUAUAUUGGUAGUAGUGUUGUUAUGUAUACAGCACCAUCAUAUUCUGCAGAACUUUUACAAUGGGUAUAUAAAAUGGUGAAUAAAUGACAAACUAUUGUAAAAUAGAUACAAUCUGUGAGAGGGACUCCUCAUUAGAGCUGUAAUAGGAAUUGCAUAACCCUGUGUCCUGAAGGGUUAUUAGGAUAAUCUAGGCACAAUAAUAAUUACAGUGUGUUGUAGAAGAAAUUGAGUCCCUUGGUACUGUUCCACUGUAUUUUGUUUAAUUUUCACAUACUGUUUUCCAAGACCUUGAAGCAUUUUGUUUAAAAAAAAAAACAAACUCUCAAGACUGUAAAAUAAUGCAUAUCCUCUGCUACCCUCUGUAUGCUUAUGGUAAAUUGCACAAUGUUUAGCUGCUAUAUAAAGAAGCUAGCAAUUUUUGAAUGUAUUUAAUAAUGUUAUAUUCCUGUUUUAUGGAUCUUGUUUUAAUUAAGUCAUUUCCUAUAGUUUCAGUGAGAUCUUCAUGUCUGUCAAAUUCUGCAUUGAAAAACAAUGUGCACAGGAAACUACCUCCUUUUUUUAAUCAAUAGUUUUCCUGAAGAGUGCAAGAAGAACUAAAACAUAGCAGAGAGGAAAUGCCAGACAGAUUUCCCUCUUAAUUAGUAAUUCCCCCCACCCGCUAACAGAUUCCUAUAGAUGCUUUUCUUUAACUUUAUGCCCCCUUUCUUUCUGUUUAAUAGAAUGCUUUAUGUUAAAGGAACACUCCAAACACUUUAGCUACUAGUUGUUUUGGUUCUAGGCAGUGUCGGAACUACAUGCAUGCUGAGGAGUCCUUGCGUUGUUCAUGUAUCACCAGGGACACGGUCUUGUGCUGUGGCCCUUUAUCAGUGUGACCGGGCUCCUUUCAUACUUGCAGCCUGGGAGGAAGUGAGUGGCAGUAAAUUUUGACUAGCUUGUUUCUGUAUGCGUGUUUCUGUGUGUCAUUGUUUGCAUUUCAUUGUGUAUUGUGUGUAUUGGCAUGUUUCUAUGUAUCACUGUGUUUUUCUCGAUGUAUGUCAUUAUGUCUGUGUUUUGUGUAUAUGUUCAUUCAUCUCCUCAGUCAAAGCCAACACUACACAGAGAUACACUCCUACAUUAAAAUGUCAACACUACAAACUCUCCCCUACAUUCACACACUCCAUACAAAAACCUGCUUGCAUUCAAAUACUGCUUGCACCAGGGCGCUCUCUGUUCGUUCCCCACUGGUACCAGGAGUGCUUUGGUAACUCCCUUGUAAGAAUCAAACUAUUACAGGGCUUAGCUCUUUGCCUGAGAACGAUCACUUGACACUCCUAAGUUGUAGUGAUUAGGAUUUUUGGAUAGUUAUUUUAAGGUUCUAUAGUCUAAUUCUUUCCCUGUCUUGAGCAGAAAGCUGCCUCUCACCAAUGAGAGAAGCAGCACCUUUCCUUGAUAAAUAAAAUCAAAUUCUGUGGACAGUCUGUAAUUAUUGUUGAUACAGACACCCAAACUUACUCACAACCGACAGGAAACUCCACGUGCUGAGCUUGCACGUACAUAUAUACCAAAUGUUGUAUUGCGUAAGCAUAUUUGCCUAUAGGCUGCAUUUUGCAUGGCAACUGCUGAAAUUAUUACACUGGCAUUUUUUUGGAAAAUGUGGCAAACAUGUAUGCUCUAAAAUAACUAGAAAGGUCAGCACUGCAUACCUUAAUGUGAUGGGCGAGUUUGCUUAAACCGUGUAGAAUAGAGUUCCCCACUUUUAGUAAUAUUUAAUAAACUUAAACAGUCAUGUGGUUUUUCAAAUUGACAUAUCUAGAACAUGGUCAAUUUCUGAGAUAGUAGAGGGUAUUUAUGAUGGAACAAAUUCUCUUUAAAUAGCUUUACAUUAUCCUGAAAGUCUUAUCCUUAGUGAUGCUUAUCUUAGGACAACAUUAAAGACACAAAGCUCCUCUCCAUCUGAACACUUGACCAUUCAGGCAUACUGGUGUGACGUGACCCCAGGGACCUUGCAAAGUAGCAACCUUUAGGAAUACCAACUAAAACAAUACCUAUGGUUUAAAAAGUAAUGCUUCUAUUCACACUCUAAACCUAAUUUACAUUUCAAAGAUUUCCAUCAACAGGUGAGUAAUCCUGGAAACAGACAACUCAGACAGUACUUUAGGGUGUGUACUUUAAGAAAGGGUUUUAAGAAAUAGUUUUUAAUUAGUUAAUUUGGCUGCUAAGACAUUUAGGUCUUGUAAUGCAAAAGGUGUGUGUCUGAUAAGAUUUGGUCUUUGUGAUCUUAUCAGACAUAGUGAUACUUAUCAAUAAGGAACAUACUUUAGUUUCUCUGUACCUGUUCUAUGGAAAUAUUUGUAAGGUUAUAUUUAAAGGCAAACUCCAGUGCCAGGAAAACAAUCCGUUUUCCUGGCACUGCAGGUACCCUUUCCCUCCCACCUCCCAUCCCAGGUAGCUGAAGGGGUGAAAACCCCUUCAGGUCACUUACCCGAGACCCCGCUGAUGUCCCUCGGCGGUGGUUUCGGGUCGGCGUCGCUCCUCCCAAUAAUCAUGUCAGCCGGUGGGCGAGACUGAUCCUGCCCGCUGGCUGAGGAAACCUAAUGCGCAUGCGCAGCAAUGCCGCGCACGCGCAUUAGGUCUCCCCAUAGGAAAGCAUUGAAAAAGAGUUUCAAUGCUUUCCUAAGGGGAAUUGAGCAAGGCUGGAGGGCCUCACAAAAUCUUUGCAAUGAAUCAGAAAGUGCCCUCUAGUGGCUGUCUAUUAGACAGCCACUAGAGGUGGAGUUAACCCUGCAAUGUAAUUAUUGCAGUUUAUAAAAAACUGCAAUAAUUACAGUUGCAGGGUUAAGAGUACUGGGAGUUGGCACCCAGACCACUCCAAUGGUCAGAAGUGGUCUGUGUGCCUGCAGUGUCCCUUUAACAUGGCGUGUAAAAAAAUUUUUUUUUAAUCUUUUAUAAACAAUGUCAAGUUCUGUCUCAUUGAACAAUAGAGAGGUGCUUGAUAAAAUAUGAUUAUUCAUAUAAUUUCAUUGUACUAGACUAGCGUAACAAAUGAAAAGUUUAAGCAAUCUACAUUAAACAUGAAGCUUAUCAAUUUGCUUUGUUUAUGCAUUUCUUUAGCAUUAAUGAACCACUGCUACUCAUGAGUUUUUCUUAACGCGGCACCAUCAUCCAGAACUUACCUUUCCCCAAUCGCUUCCUCUCUCAGGAUCUGUUUUUCUUUUCUUCCUAUCUGAUCUAGUUUUCUUUAAAGGAACACUGUAGUCACCUAAAUUACUUUAGCUAAAUAAAGCAGUUUUAGUGUAUAGAUCAUUCCCCUGCAAUUUCACUGCUCAAUUCACUGUCAUUUAGGAGUUAAAUCACUUUGUUUCUGUUUAUGCAGCCCUAGCCACACCUCCCCUGGCUAUGAUUGACAGAGCCUGCAUGGAAAAAAAAACUGGUUUCACUUUCAAACAGAUAUAAUUUACCUUAAAUAAUUGUAUCUCAAUCUCUAAAUUGAACUUUAAUCACAUACAGGAGGCUCUUGCAGGGUCUAGCAAGCUAUUAACAUAGCAGGGGAUAAGAAAAUCUUAAUUAAACAGAACUUGCAAUAAAGAAAGCCUAAAUAGGGCUCUCUUUACAUGAAGUGUUUAUGGAAGGCUGUGCAAGUCACAUGCAGGGAGGUGUGACUAGGGUUCAUAAACAAAGGGAUUUAACUCCUAAAUGGCAGAGGAUUGAGCAGUGAGGCUGCUGGGGCAUGUUCUAUACACCAAAACUGCUUCAUUAAGCUAAAGUUGUUCAGGUGACUAUAGUGUCCCUUUAAAACAAAGUAGGGACUAUUUCAGAGCUUGACAAAUUUGCUUGGAAUCUAGUAGCCAGCUACAAAAUUUAGGAGCCAGAGAAAUCAACACCAAAAAUACAAUCCCCAAAGGGACACUAUAGUCACCAGAACCACUACAGCUUAAUGCAGUUCUACUGAAGUCUAUAUCCUGUCCCUGAACGCUUUUCAGACAAAAGGCAGUGUUUAUAUUGCUGCCCGGUAACACCUCUAGCGGUGCGUCCAGGGUCAGUGCUUAAUAAUGAGCAAAACCUACGUUAAUGUUCCCUAUAGAGAUGCAUUGAUUCAAUGCACCUCUAUGAGAAUUUAAAUUGGCGCAGUGGCAUUUUGCUGUGCAUGCGCAAUAGUCUUCCAAUGCUUUCCUUUGGGGAAGCAGUGAAUUGGCUGAGAUCGUCAAGAUUGAUAAUCUCAGCCACGGAUGUGGGACCAGUCACAGCGUCAUCAGCAUGGUAUGGGGAAAAAAGGUGAGUAAAAACACCUUUCCUGUGUGAUUGGAGGGAAGGCACACUCACACAUACACAUGCGCACACACACACACUCACAGACAUACAGACCGACACACUCACAAGUAAUUACUUUUGUUUAAAUCCAUGCAGCCUCCUUACUUCUGGAGAGCUGGAGUGGAUAGGCUUUCCCUGGAGUCCAGUGGGGCUGCUGUCAGCUCCCUCUCGCGCACUGUUUAGUGAGCUGGAGUGGUCAUAACCCGGCAUCACUGCAUGCUGCGCGUGCGAGAUAGCAGAGCAGGGAGAUUACAGCUGCCGCGGCGAUGUCAUCUGUCCACCCACCUACCUCUGCUCUCCAUUACCCGGCUACCCCCCUCCAUCCGCUGCCUGCUCCUUCAGCUCUCCAUGUGCUGGCCAGCCCCCUCUCUCCCUCUCUCUGCAGUAAAUGAGCCGGCAGCCCCACUCCCUCUGUCAACCACCUGCCUCCCUCUCACGGCUCUCCAUGAGCCUGUCGCCCCCCUCCCUCCGCAAUACAUGAGCCAUCCUCCCUCUCUUACCUCUCAAUGAACUUGCCAACCACCUCCCUCAGUCAUCAGCCUGCCUCAGCCCUCUGUGAUCCGACAGCCCGCCUCUGCUCUCAGGCAGCUGGUCACAUCGGGGGGCUGAACAGGCUCACAAAUUCCAGGAUUUGUCGAACCCUGGACUAUUUUGUCUUAUGUAUUUUUCCUACUCUUGACCAGCUUUGACCUAGAGGAGGAGCUAAGUCUGCUAGAUUUCCUGUGGUCAAAGAAUUUUUUCCACAAUAUUCACCUCUCCUCAUGUGUUCUCAUGUUGCUUCAUUUGCUGUUAGGAUGCAAUUCGGCCCUAGUGACAAUAGGGGACACACACACCUAUUUUUCCCUCCUGGCCCCACCCAUGAGCGGCGGGUGGGGGCCCUAAAUGACUAUGGGGGUGUGGGGAGCUAUUGUAGUCUUCCCCUGGCCCCACCCAUAGGCGGUGGUUGGAGCCCCUAGUGACAAUGGUGGGGGUGGGAGCAGGACCUAUUGUCUCACUAGUGUUGGCAAAUGAAGGUGAAGCAGUGAACUUCAUCCAGGAACACCAAUACAGUGGCGCCUAGGACAUUGAUCCACAGAGGCAUUUGGGGGUGUCUUGAGGGACAAUAAAGUUUAGAGGAGUCUGAAGAAGGGUUACAAUAAAUUAAAAUGUAGAUGCACUUUGACUGGACUAUAGAGGACACAGGCCAAGGUUCCUGGUACUUAUCUUACCACACCAGCCCACAGGGCUGUAACUAGAAACCUCAGGUCCCCGGUGCAAGAAUCUGUUCGUGGCACCCCCUGCCCUGCUAUUCCAGUACUCUUGUCAUGUUUUCCUGGUGGUCCGGUGGUAUGUGAGACACUCUGCACCCUCUGCUAAAACUCUCUAUCAUAUCCUCUUCCUCUCGUUUCCAGCACUUGGUAUAGAGCCAGAGCGCUAUCUCACGAACUGAGCAGCAGAGCUGUGAGGGAGAAGAUAUGUUAGAGGGUUGCCGGAAGUGGUGCAAUGCAUCACGUCUCCACUGCAUGACCAGGGAAACUGGAGGAGUGGAGCCCAGUGCUUGUCAAUACAGUAAGCUGCCUGUUGCUUACCUGCUUGCUGCUACCAUGCCUUCUGGACCUCCCUGACAAGUGGAAUUUCAGGAUUCGGUCACAGUCACAACCUUUGAACCCCUGGUUGUUCUGCCACCGCCACUGUCCGUCUACCUAAGCUCCAAAAAGGCACAUUGUAAGUGCUGAAAACAGGCACCCCAUAGUGUAUAGGUGCCUACUCUGCUUAAUGGGAAAUUUGUCCAAGUUGGUGGUAAAGACUGCAAAUAGGGAGUCUAGCUGCAGCUGCACUAAAUAUUCUGUAUCUACUAGCCUGGACAUAGUGGAUCUGUAUACAAGUGCCCUGUCAAUUUCUAGUGGCCAUGUUACAGAAAUAGGUUUGUGAUAUUGUUGGUUUUAACAGUGUAUGUACCUCUUUAAGUAAAGAUAUCCCUAUAACAUGCUGUGUCCUUUCAGUGCAUUGCGGAUUCUGGAUGUUUGUAAUCCUUCUGGCAAUAUGACAUCUGAUCUCAUGGCGCUGCAGUGAUAAAACAUUAGAAAAAUGUGAGUAUAUCUUAAUUUUUAGUGGAGGUUUAUGUCACUUGGUUAUUAUUUCAGAAAGGGGAAAUAUGCAUUUGCCAAUACAUGAAUAAUGUGUGAAUCCUGGUUACAGAAAAUUUUGGUACCCAUCUGUAGGCUAUCUCUGCCACCCCCAAUGCCUCACUUCCCUGAUCUGUAGGCUCUCUCUGCUGGCUGCAUGUGCUGCUCCUCUGCGGAUUAAGUCAGAGAGAAGCAAGGAUAAGAUGCAGCUUCCUAUCCCUGUCUCUCUCCAUGCACAGAUGGGACACCAUGUUUACAAUAUUUUUUUUUUUUAAUUGGUUGUAUGUGAUCUACAACUUGUGUGUACGCAUCUAUAUGUUAUUUAUGAAGCUAUAUUUCUUAUGUAAUGCAUAUGUAUGAUAAUUUUUGUAUGUUUGUCAUUGCAUUGGAAGAUGAUGGUAUCCAGGUUUAUUCAUUAAUUUUAUGUAACUUAUUUUUGCAUCAACGCAUGUUCUGUAGGGACAUUACAGGACAACAUUGGCAAACAAAAAAAAUAAAAUCUGCCUAGCUUUAUGCUUAUUCAGUCUUUCUCAUACAUUUCUAGAAACUCUGUGCAGUGGGAAUAAAUGGAACCAUAGGCACAAGGAAAAUGUAGGUCAGCAAAGGCUUUCAUUGUCUCAAAUAAGUAGUUCUCAAGUUUAUUGAUGCUGUGUUCAAAUGCAUAUUUUAUGCAUUGUGUAAUGCCUAUGAAAGGUUGGAUGUCCCAUUUAAAAGAAUUUCUUUUAAUUGUGUGCCGUCUUAAAAUGGUCACAAUAAUGGGGCCUUGAAAUAGAUUUUGACGCAUGCGAAGUUAAAGAACAAGUAUCUGUUUUAAUAUUGUCGUCUUGUAUUUACACUAUUAUCCUUUUUAUUUCAGAUCUGCAGAAAGAACCCCUAUACUCUGUGCUGGGUUGCAAUGAUACACUCUCUGGUCUAAUUUUUAGCCUGCCUUGCCUCAUGGUGUGUUUAUCAUGGGUGUCUACGACCCGUGGCUCAUCUGCCCUAUACUUUUAUUUGUCCUUUUCUGGGGGAAACCAACACAGUCCUGGGCUCAGAACUGUGCUGUAAAGUCCAUGCCAGAUAUGGUGAUCGAUAUUACUUCUGCAUUGAAAAACGGAGUCCGUGGCAUUGAUCCCAAAUAUACAGCCAAUUUAGAUGCAUGUAUAGCUGCAUGCUGCCACGAGCAUGAAAUAGCAGGUAAUCCAUAUUAUUCUCCAGUAUACUAAACAUAUUGGAAACUUCCAUAUAACACUUAAUGUUUUUUUUCUUUUAUUACUUACUGAAUUUUGAAAAUUGUGUCCUACUCGCAUAUUACCUCACUCUUCACUCUGUUUCCUCUUACAAUAAAAAAAAAGUACAUAGCAUAAACCUUAUUCUAUGACACAACUAAACAUGCAUACAACACACAGACACCAAAUAUGGGUGACGGACAGGUGGACGAUGUUGAUACACUAUGUCAAAGGGAUCCACGGGAAAAAUUAAUUGGGAACCCUUGGUCUAUUGUAAUACACUCUAAUGAAUGUGUAAUCAGUUAAACACUGGACCCAAUUUUCCCAUCUAGUGUGCCCAUUUUUGCAUAGGCUUUAAAAUUGAUUUAUAUUGAUUUCUCAUUUCGGGUAGCAGUGUAUCCAAGUCUUCUUGAGCUAUUCCAUUGUUUUAUUCUUUCCCCCCUUCUUGAAGGCUUUUCUAUUCACCUACAAUGUUCUGUAAACAUUGCAUCAAUGUUAAACCUGAUAGUCCAUGUGAUAAGCAGGCACAGCAAAUAUUUCCUGGCUUCCAGUUGCCUUAUUUAAGUACACCUCCUAUCUAAUGUUCAGCUAGAUGCUUUUGUAUUUGAAGUUGGUUGCAGUGAAGUCAUCUCCGCUUUUAAGAUCUGCUGUGUUAUGCGUGAAUUGCAAAUGGUGAAAUAAUGUUUUAGACAGAUUCCCUGACUAUUUGUUUCUACGCAGAUGGAAAAGAGUGUAACCUCUUGAUAUACGAUACACGCAAGACCCAUGGUCAUCCCAACUGUUACAUGUUCAACUGUCCAAGCCCGGAUUCUUGCACAAUGUCUCCAUCCAAAGGAGUUAUGAGUUUCAACCUAUUGCGAGGUUUGUAUGAUAUGAACUCUAUAUGCCUUAAAAGCACAUUUCAGAGCCAUAAUUUACUUAGACUAUUUCAAUGAAAGUUAGAGCAGUGAUUAUGAAUUAAGCUUUUAAAGGUUUUCUAAAGUGGUUAUGGUUUGUGAAACCUCUUUUCCGAUUAAGGAGACACCAUAGUCAACAUAACUACAGCUUAAAGGGACACUAUAGUGUCAGGAAAACCGCUUGGUUUUCCUGACACUGUAGUACCCCGAGGGUGCCCCCACCCUCAGGGCUCCCUCCCGCGGUGCUGAAGGGGUUAAAACCCCUUCAGCUACUCACCCUUUUCCGCUGCCGGGCUCCCUUAAAUCUCCUCCCCCGCCGACGUCAACAUCCUUGUCUGACGUCACCAGCGCUGAAUGCGCAACACUGCCGCGCGCGCAUUCAAAGUGUCCGUAGGAAAGCAUUUUUCAAUGCUUUCCUAUGGACGCUCUGCGUGAUUCAGGCAUAAUAUGCCUCAAUCAUUACCGAUGCGCCUCUAGUGGCUGUCCUGAAGACAGCCACUAGAGGCUGGCUUAACCCCAGAUGUAAACAUGGGGGGGGGCUGGUUUGCGUCCUGGAUACCUGAUUAUGAAAAUGGGUUUCUCCCAGGAGAGAGAGAGCAGAGCCAAAGACCAUUGCUCUGGCGAUCAGUGCACAGUUCACUACAAAGAAUAUACUAUAUUUACUGAUAAUGGGGGGCAUGGCUGCUAUCCGUAUACAGAUCAGUUCCACUGAUCAUAAACUUCUUAUACCACGAGACCCAUGGGAUAAGAAUAUCUGCCUGAUUAGAUAAGUCUGCUUAUGGCUGCAGGUAAAUCCACUAAAGAAUGCAAAUAAGCAAUAUUGCUUUUAAUUUCAUUCGCCUGUUUAAUAUUUUUUUAUGUAUUGGUCAUAAAUCUUUAAUCAUGUAUAACCUCAAAAAUAACUAGUUUCAAAAAAGUUUCACAUAAUAUGAAACAAUGUUACUAAUUGUCACAUAAAGUCAACGUUGGCAUUGAACAGGAUAUAUGCAGUGUUCUACACGAAAUAAGUAAAGAUAUUAAAGGAUCACUAUAGGGUCAGGAACACAAACAUGUAUUCCUGACCCUAUAGUGUUAACACCACCAUCUAGCCCCCCUGGGCCUCUCAUGCCUCCAUAAAUAUAGUAAAAAUCUUACUGUAUUCAAGCCUGAAGCUGUAAAUCUGCAUGCUGUUAGACUCAGAAAAACAAGCAGUCUGCUGACAUGUGGUAGCCUGAUCCAAUCACAGUGCUUCCCCAUAGGAUUGGCUGAGACUGACAAAGAGGUAGAUCAGGGGCAGAGCCAGCAUGAUUCAAACACAGCCCUGGCCAAUCAGCAUCUCCUCAUAUAAAUGAAUUGAAUCAAUGAAUCUCUGAGGAAAGUUCAGUGUCUGCAUGCAGAGGGAGGAGACACUGACUCACAGGAUGCUGUGCACAGUGCUGCCCUGUGCAUAUUAUGCCUCCAUCAACUCCGAAGUCCCUCUGGUUCACUCUGAGUGACUGCAACUGGAGGUGUUCCUAGCUUUCAAUGUAAACACUGUAUUUUCUCAGAAAAUAGUGUUUACAAGAGAGGCUGCAGGGAGCUAUAGUUCUCACCCGAACAACCUCAUUAAGCUGAAGUUGUUCAGGUGACUAUAGUGUCCCUUUAAGUAGUUGCUCCAUAAAAAUCGUUGGUGGAGCAUGGAGUGUCCCAAUAAGGACACAGGUUAUGCUAAAUAGGUCAUUAAAAUGGUCUAUCUUUUGGUCCCAGUUAGUUACAGAUAAGGCUAGUUAUCACUGUAAGGGUCUGACAUAUGUGUUAAAGUGCAGAGUGACUGAAAUGCUAAAUGUAUAUGAUUAGAUUUGGGAUCAUUACUUGAUUCAUACAUUUUCUAAAUUAUUUUAUUUUUAUUUUUUAUAUAUAUAUAUAACAAAUUUUUUUUUUCUCCAGAAAUCUCUGAUGGCAAAAGUCAUCCAUAUCCAACACAUGUUAAACAGCCUCUGUCACCUCCAUCAAAUGAGCAAAGUCACAUUGAGAUCUUGGGAAUUGAAAGUUCUGAGCAAAAAGAGCCUGGUUUACCAGUGCAAUCACAAGGCUCUGCAGAAAAGGAUCCUGAUUCCCUAGUUCAUAUACAAAGCUUUCCAAUCACGCAUCCUGAUUCUGCUGUACAGUCACAGAGUUCUGGACACAAGGAGCGUGGUUCCUCACUACACUCACAGGGCUCUGCGGAAAAAGGAUCUGGCUCUGUAGGUUAUCCACAGAACAAUGCAGAAAGAAAAUAUAGCUCUGCAAUAGAAAUGCCAAGCCCUGGACAUAAAGAUUCCAUAGAACAUGAUCAGAACGCUGCAGGCAAGAAUCCACCUUCUGCAAUGCAUGAGUCCAGCUCUAAAAGGGAACCACAAAAGUCUUCAAGCAAGGAUGCAGCUGAGGUUCAAAGACAUAUCACUUCUCAAAUGCUUCAUUUGACAGAGAACAUUGAGAAGCAUCUGGACCAGUUGGUAGAGACACCAGUGCAGAACUCAGACAAUUCCAUGCAGAUCAUUAUACUCUCCUCACACAAACCUGAUCCCACACCAGGACCUAUUGCAACAAACAAACGUGAUGGUGUCCAAACACCAGAUAAGGAAAUAAAUCCUGACCAAGCUGCUAAAACACAAUCCACAACAAUCAGAGUUCCUUUUCCCCAGCAUGCUUCUAGAGCACCACAGCCUAUCAUACCUUCACACAAGCUUAAUGCCAGCAUGCCUAGCCAUCAUCCUGUGCCUGUUACAAAAAUCAAUGUUAUUGAUAAUAAACCUGUUCCAAGCUCUGUUUCUAAAGACAUCAAAAAGGUUAUAGGCCAUAGUAGUUCCACUUCUCGUCAUUCGGUAAUUAGCCCUACCCCGAAAUAUGACCUGAGAGGCCAACCAAUGACCAAAACAAGAGUUCAAGGUCUUGGUAGUGGACAUCAAGCCUUAACAUCCCUACCAAUCACACCACAUACUCAAUUUGUGAUGUUGACUGACAGUUCACCAAAAGCAACCCAGAAAUCCAUAGUCCAUGCCAUCUCUUCCAGCCCUAAACAACCUGUGACUGUCAUACUCAAAGCACCUGUGCAAACCCUUUCCAAAUCCAAUAAUUUGACACAAAGGGACCAGCUUGGAGACCAAGUUCCGAUUUUUAGAAAACUGGAUACAUCUGUGCCUGGAGAGGGCAAGCAUUCAUUUUCUGAUGAUGUAAGUGGUUUGGUGGCUGCUUUGGUCUUUGGAGUAUUGUUUCUGCUGGUGGUAAUAGGUCUAAUCAGCCGUAAGAUUUCUGAAGCACGACGCAGGCACCGUUACACCAAGCUAGACUAUCUCAUCAAUGGAAUGUAUGUGGACACAUGAUGAAAGUGCUAUUUACUUCGAUCUCUGGAGCCCCCUCUCCAUGGAAAAAUGUUUGAAACAACUACUGCAGUGUUACACUGAUUUCUAAAUACCAGUAUGAACAAACAAAAGAGAACAGAUAUAUCCAUAGUUUAUUUUAACAUUUCUAUUCCAACUAGUAGUUGGAUGUUAAAGGAGUAAUUGGUGGGAAUAUUUCAUUCAGUUAAAUGCAGACAGGCUAUUAACAUUUCCAUGAUGUGAUGACUCAACACUAUGCAAAAUGAUUAUCCUUUAAAUUCCCCUUUAAAUUCCUUGUUAUGAAGGUACAGGUAUAGUACAGUAAAGGCACCAUAACAACUGCAGUGCUUUGUAGUGCAUAUGAUACCUAGGCUAACCCUUAAAUUGAGUUUAAAUGAAAGAUCACAUUUGGAAAACACUGUAAAUGUGUAAGCUGUGGAACUUGCUCAUUUUCUGCUGGAAGUCUGUAUCUUAUCACACAUUUUGCAUCUUACCUUUUUUCCAUUUUUGGUGACUGACCAUGUUUUGGUUUUCAGCUCUAUUCUGAAUGGCUGCUUGAUACUUUAAGCCAAUGAGAACACACACAUAUAUAUAUAUUUGUUUGGAUAAAUCACAGCGAUUUUCAAUAGCACAUUAAUGAAAUAUUCAGUCUUCAUUUUAAGAUAACUUGGACAGUUUCAGAAAGUGUAGCUAUGUAUGUGUGUAUGAGAGAGAUUUUGUGGGGAAGAGUACUGGAUUUGCAAUAAAAUCAAAAUGCUUAGUUAUGUAAAUUCUAUUUUUCAUAACUUAUUUUAUGCUGGCGUGCAUUGCACUAGAAACAUGACAAAAAGGUAUAAAAUAGUUGUAAGGUUUUCAUUUGAUGGAGCAUAUACUGCAAGUGUCUGUAGACUCAUUAUUUUUUGAUUAAGUAAAAUGAGGUUCAUCUGUGAGAUUUAAAAUAAAGGGACAUAUUGAACGACAUAACCUCCACAGCUCAUUGUAGUGGUUAUGUUGCUAAUAGUCUCUAGGCGCCAUCUUUGUUAGAUCAGGAGUGGCUUGGCAGAAACCAGGUCUCCCAAGGCACCCAGAGACUGCAUCCUCCUAAGCCGCAUUGACAAUGCAGUAUUAACGCCUUCUUAUUAUCAGUGUCCAUUUGUCCCAUCUGAGCAGCUCUAAUUGGCUGUAAAUGCAAUGGAGUGAGUUAAGUAAGUGGAGAACCCAUAGUCUAUAAGCUGCAUAAUCACUACACUGAGCUGUCUAGAGACACCAACAUGAAAUAAAUAUAUCCGCAUGUUCAUGUUAAGGUCUCUAUCAUAUAAAACAGAUACAAACCUGUUUUAUCUUACAAGUGGCAAUAAGAUCAGCGCUUAGAGACCAGUAAACGGCUAAAUUAAAAAAAAAAAGUAUGGGCCACAACCUAAGGGUAUGAUGUUCCCUCACAAUACAUCAACAAACAGUACAGUAGUAAAAACCAGAAAAUAGGUUGUAAUACAAUAAUAGUAAAAACAAUAUUAAUAAAAACAAUGCUUACUUACAUAAAAAUGGAAUAAAGUCCUGAUUUAAAAAGUGUUAAAUUAACAGUAGUCCAAGUUUGAUUGAAGAGAUAAAUAAGUGGAAUCGAUAGGACUAUUGUAGAGCUUCAGCCAGCUCAGGAGUGUAUAGCAUUCAGUGGCGUUGAUCGCCCACUGGUAGAAAUAGGUGUUGGUAGGUACAGGUCCUCGGUAUGAAGAAGAUAAAAACAAAUGAAGAGAGAGGGGAUUUCUUAAACAUUACUUAAUCCUGCUAUAUUGGCCAGGAGACUUAUAAUAUUAUCUACUCUAAAACCGUGUGCAGUCUAUGAGUAGAUGGUUUGACUGGGAUUGACCAAUUCAACUAAUCAGAAAGUCUCAUUUUGCAAGUGGGGAAAAAAAAAAAUAUUGUAACACGUGAUCCAUACAUUUGCUGUACACUUGACCAAUAUAAUAAAGAUAAUAAAAUUAUAAAAUUGCACUUUUUUAAAAAUUGAAAGUACUUUUAAAUUCUUUCAUUUAAAGAGUU